AUGUCGCAUCCACAGGCAGAGAGUGUGAUAAAGAACAUCAUUAGGGAAAUUGCGCAGGAAUGUGCAGCAAAGGGACACACCGUGUCUGAAACAAUGGUGGCUUUUGUGGUAAGCAUGCUUAAAUCAUGCACUCUGAGUUUCCUGUCUAUGGGACCAUGAUAGGCAAUUUUAGUAGCCAACUUUGUUUUCUAAGAAGCAGUUGCAUAAACCUUCAAUGUGAUUAAAGGGUUACUCCAAGCAUUAUAAUGAUUACAGUCCGUUGUAGUGGUUAUAAUGGCCCUGAACGGGCUUUCCUGUACUGGGACAAACUGCUUAGCAACAUUUUGCCCCCUGAUGACAUGCUUCUGAAUAGCUGCAGAAGACAAUGUCAUCACCAUUCAUUGACUGAGAUGACUGAAUAUUGGGAAGUUAUUGCAAUCCAAUGCUUUCCCAUAGGAAAAUAUUGGGAAGUUAUUGCACCUGCGCUGCAAAAUGCAAUGUCAUGCCAAUCAGCAUCUACCCAUAGAGAUGCAUUGAAUCAGUGCAUCUCUGUGGGAAAUGUUCAGCGUCUCCAUGUAGAGCAUGAAGAUGCUUAACGUCAGUUCCGCACACUGUGCAGCUCUGACCCAGUAAGCACCUCUUUUGGCCAUCUAAGUGACUGCCACUAGAGGUGUUAUUAGGCAGUAAUGUAAACACUGCCUUUUCUUUGCAAAGUCAGUGUUUACAUUAAAAAGCCUACAUUAGCUGUAGUUCUGGUGACUACAUUGUCCUUUUAAACAAGUAAACCUACCUCAAGAUGAGUUGCACUCACAAGCAGCAAGUGAGAAAGAGCACAAUAAGGUGCCUACUCCGAUAUAACAUGGAAGCAAAGCAGCUCACUCCCUCUAGGAACCGGAUUACCUGAUUCUUCCAAGAACCUCAGCCAGGAUCAGUAUUUAGUAAAAGUUAAAAUGUAUUAUUCACAAAGAAUAAAAAUAAAAUGCUGUACAAAUGGUCCUAUGCAUUUCAUUCACGUAGUAGACUGCUUCAGGGACAACCGUUAUACAAUCAGAAUUAAAAACAAAAUUAAAGAACCAUCAACUGUAUGAGACUGACAAAUACACUGUAUGCAGAACUCAAAGAGAGAACUGCUACAGUCUUUUAAAUACGUAUUUAAAUGCCUAUUGUGAGCAGAGUUAAAUCCCUGCUCACCAGAGGGUCUCAGGGAUAAAUCGAUACUCGUGGCUCCCCUCUGUCAUUUGUCACAGUGUAAUCAGCAUGCCUGUAUUGUUGAAAACAGCCCUUAGAGGGUGGCUACAAACCACUCUCUACUGUUCUAACUAGGAAACCCACCUGCUGAUAUUAGUUAUAAAAUCAUCAGAGGGUUUUAUUAGAGGUAGGGUUACAGUUAGGGGUUGUCACGGGGUUGUACCCCAACUUACUGAAAUAACAAAUUCCACAAACAGAGGUUCUCAAUAGAUGUAUUACCAGACCUUAGUGUGGCUGGACUUAAUAAAGAUAAAGACAAAGUCAGCAACAGCCAAAGUCAGGAAUAUAGAAAUACAGAUGAACAGAAUAACAAGCUGGGACAGGGUACCAGAAAUACAAAAAGUCAAAUGCAAGCCAAGGUCAAUAUCAGGAUAUCAAGAGAGACUCAUUAUGAGCACUAAUGUGUAUCAAAGCAGAAAGCACGAUCGGGCAAGGAAUAAGGGCCCAAAUUAGCAUUACAUAGGCUAACAAUGUUUCUGAUUGAUCCACGUGGUCACUUUAAGGGUGCACUGGCGUAACGUCACAGCAUUUAAAUAUAUAAAAGGCGGGCCAUUCAAAUGGGCAGCAUUUACAUUUAUGUAGGAAAGAAAAACAUCUAAGAGGGGUUCACCUUGCACGAACCAGCAGAGGGAGCUAUUUGCCGAGCCGAAUGGUAAGUAUUCCCUGUGCAAACCGCACGACCUGAGGAGGGGAGCAGCACAGCCAAGCAUAGCAUUCUGGGUAGGGGAGCAGCGCGGGUGCCAGGAUUAGGUAAAUUCAUAACAGAUGUAGGGUAAUGGUAAGAUUAGUGUAAGGUUAGUGGUUAGGAUAGGGUUAGAGUUUGUGUAAGGGUUAAUGCUGGGUUAGGGUUAAUGUUGUUUUAGGAUUAGGGAUAGUGUAGGGGUAGAGUUAGGGAAGGUAUAUGGUUAGAGCUAGUGUAUAAGGUGCAUACGGUUAGAGGUAGGGAUGAUGUAGAGUUGGGAGAGUUAGUACAGGGUUAGCAUUAACUACCAAAAAUGAAGUUAAAACUUGGCAUUUGCCUCUGCCCCUAAAGUAACACUCUACUGCCCAAAUAUAUAUAUAUUUUAAAUAAUACAAAUUACUGUUUAGUAGAUGUACCCCCAUUGAAAACUUAUUUUUCAUUUUUCAUUGAGGUAUAUUUAAAACAGCUUGCAAGAUAUGUAGUUCUCUUGUCUGCAGACUUUGUAAAACUCACCUUAUUUCCAGCGCCGCGCGGGUUUGCCGGGGCUGGCUCCGCCCCCUUUGUGACAUCAUCAAAAUGGUUGAUUUUUAGCCAAUCCAAUGCUUUCCCAUAGGUCUAAAAUCAGCAUGGGGAAUUCCUCAUAGAGAUGCAUUGAAUCAGUGCAUCUCUAUGAGGAAUAUUUAGCGUCUCCAUGCAGAACGUGGGGACGCUGAACGGCAGAGCUGCUUACUGUGCAGCCCUGAGCCAGGAAUCCCCUCCAGUGGCCAUCUAAGGAGUGGCCACUUGGAGGUGUCCCUAGGGGCAAUGUAAACACUGCCUUUUCUCUGAAAAGGCAGUGUUUACAUGAAACCACCAGUAGGGAAUGAUUAUACUCACCAGAACUACUAUAUAAAGCUGUAGUUGUUCUAGUGACUAUAGUGUCCCUUUAAAGUAACAGGAUCAGUUGUCUGAUUGACAGCCACUGCUCUGUAACAACGUUAAUUUAUAAAAGUGGCAAAUUCUAUUUAAAUCUGCACUUAAAAAAAAAAAAAAAGUACAUACUCGUUACACAUAAAGCACUUAACACUCAAGUGCUUUAGGUUUCUGGAAUGUCCCUUUAAGGGUUUUGACAUAAAUUCCUAAUUCUACAGUGUUCCCCUACCUAGCAGGCUGAGUCCGGUGCAGCAACCCCUACAUAUUAUUAGAAGUUUAAUAUGGAGGGGUAAUGGUGUCCCCAAUCCCUCGGUAUAAAGUAAUGUGCUUCUGUACGUAUGGCCAGCUGCCCAUUCCUAAGUUUAUUUUCUCACUAUGUCAAUACAAUAACCCAAGGAUUAUUAAUAAGUAAUUGAAACACUUUAACUGGACGUUUUGAUGACAAUUGGAUAUCAAAGUGGUGUAAGGAUAGGAAUGUAUUUGUUUUAAUGCAAAUGAUAUAUUUUUGAUUAUAUGUCGCCUAGGUUAAAGCUAUUGUUUUGGACCAAAGAAAUGGUUUUAACGUGGACAGAACACUCACAAAAAAUGAUGUGCAGAAGCUGAUAAAGGUAAUGAAACAAUGCCGAUUCACUACUUUCUAACUAGCAUUAGCUGUUUAUUUUCAUAUAGUUAUGUUCAUCUUCCUGCACAAAUGAUAUAUUAAAGAAAUAAUAAACAGUCACAUUAGUGCAAACGUAUGCUUUGCACUCACAAUGAACCUUCUGAACUUUGUUCUUAUAAUGUACUUUAUUUAAACAAAAGCAAUGCAAUUAUUCCAUCCAACACACAGGAAAAAAAAAACAGUGGAAAAGGAAUAAAGGGUAGGGACCAUAACAAAGAGAGGAAUUUCCAUUUCCAGGUACAUCUACCUCGUAUCAUGAAAAACUGCCUGGUUAAAUCAAAUACAUGGUUAUUUACCAAUGUGAAUUUCAAAUUUAAGGCCAGAAUAGCUGCACUGAGCAUAGCUGAAUUAGUGAAUUUUCCAUUUUGGCUAUUGUGACUUUAAAUUGAUCCUCCACUACUCAAAUACAAAAAAAAAAACAUAAUCGUGCAUGGAUUUAAUUAUGCAUCUUUUCUCUGGGGGUAUUUUCCAAAACACUUUGCAAAAGCUGAAGGUCUCUUGUCUGCUGCCUUUGCAAGGCCUCCCCUUCUAAUCCCACCCAGACAGGGCCGGACUGGGAAACAAAGUAGGCCUGGGCAUUUUUCAAUUAGAGCGGCCCCCUAAGUAGGGGCGGGCCCAGAGAGGGUGUGUUUUGUCAUCACUAAUGAUAAGCACACCCCCUCUAAAAGUGAGCAUGUUGGUUUCCUGCGCAGAGCCCCGCUGAAGAGCUCUAGCAUUAGAAAAAGGCCCUGUAUUUGUUCUGCGCAGCACAAGCAAAUUUAAUAACAUGCUUGCGCUGUGUUUGCUUUUAAAUUGUCUCUGGUGUCUCCACAAGUGGGAUACCAGAGGACAAAAGGGCCAGGAAAGUGUAUGGUGCAUGUGUUUGGAGCCUGCUUGUGGGAUUGCGUGUGUGUAGAGUGUGGUGUGGUAUUCUGUAAAUAGGUCAAUUUCAUUUGUGUUUGUGGUGUAAUAUGUGUGGCUAGGGGCAGUGUGUGUGUGUAGGAGAUCUAGUGUGUAAAGGACUCAGAGUGUGUAUAGGAGAUUGUGUGUGUGUGUGUGUGUAGAGGAUUAAGAGUGCAUAUAGGGUAAGGGAUCUAGCGUUUAUCUGGAGCGUAAUGUGUGUAGUGGUGUCCCGUGUGAGGGGUGCUGUAGUGUGUGUGUGUGUGUAAGAGGGGUGCUGUGUGUGAGGGUGUUUUUAUCUGCCGUCGCAUUCUAGGUUUAAAAAUUUUUUUUGUCUGAGGGUUAUUUUAUUUAUUAUAUAUAUAUAUAUGUGUGUGUGCUGUAUAUGUGUGGGAGUGUGCUGUGUGAGUGAGGGUGCUGUCUGUCUGAGGGAACAGUGUCCGUCUGAGGGUGCUGCGUGCGUCUGACGGUGCUGCGUGCGUCUGAGGGUGCUGUGUGUGUGUCUGGGUGCUGUGUGUGUCUGGGUGCUGUGUGUGUGUGGGUGCUGUGUGUGUCUAAGGGUGCUGUGUGUGUCUGAGGGUGCUGUGUGUGUCUGAGGGUGCUGUGUGUGUCUGGGUGCUGUGUGUGUGUCUGGGUGCUGUGUGUGCCUUGGACAAAUCUGCCCUUUGAGUUUAGCUACACUGAAUUAAAUAAAUCAAGUAACAGAAAGGGUGGUCUGAUUGAAAGCCAAGGGUGAGUAACAAUGUAUUUUUAAUUUUUUUAUUUUUUUUAAAGUGCCAAUUUCUAUUGAAACCUGCACUUUUUGUACAAUGCAAAAAAGAGGACACACUCUUCACACAUUUAACACCUGGUAUUCUAACCAUGGUAUCUGACAUUGGAGUUAUCCAGCUGAGUAUUUGAAGAACAUUCUUUUCUCAAUGUUUUUGCAUUAUAUAUUAAAUGAACACCAUCGUGUUAGGAAUACAAUUAUGUAUACAAGUAGUGUCACCCUACCUCUCAUUAAAAACAUUUGGCCUCAUAUUUAUGCUCUAUAUUUCUCCACAUUCAAAUCUUAUUAGUUUUGCUAAAACAAAAGUAAGAGGAAUUUUUCAACGUUCUGCAACAUAAUCCAUUCUUUAGCCAAGCCUCCUUUUUCACUAAGCAAUUUUCUUAUUCUGCAUUAUGAAUCUUAACCAAUGAGAAAUCAGCAUCAAAAUGCUGGACACCCUCCAUGGAGGUGUGUUGAAUAAUAUAAAUAUUCACCACACGCAUUUUUUGUAUGUAAUUACUUUCUUGAAUUGAACAUCCAUAACUAGCUGUUAUUGCUGUUUUCUUUUCCCCUGUUUAUUAAGCUUUGUGUGGACAGACUGCUUGAUCCUGCGAGUCCCUCAAUGGAAACAAUAAAGAUGCAAAUUUAUUUUGAUAUGAACUAUACAAAUAGAGGUAACGUCUCUCAUUUACCUUUGUGUGUGCAUGAUUUACAAUUUCAUAUUUAUCACCUCACUUUCAUUACUAAAUGCUAUUCUGCAUGAAUUACAGAUACCAGGCAUUGUUUCAGAAAUAUUUGUUUCAUAGAAACAUAGAACGUAGAAAAAUCUUUAAAGACACAAAACUAAACAAGGAAUAGAACUUAGAACACUAGGAUGGGAGACAGCACAGACCUGAUAAUAGGGGAAUCCCUCCAACCCACAAACAAGUUGUUUGACUUGUUCUAGAAAAAUCUUUAAGUUUGGAUUCUAAUAUUGUUAAAUGGAUGAGGCAGUCGCUGAAUAACAGGCAACAGAGGAUUGUAGUUAAUGGUAUAUAUUUGAAUUUGUUACCAGUUGAGUACCUCAGGGAUCUGUUCUCUUUAAUAUUUUUAUUAGUGAUAUUGCAGAAGGUCUUGAUGGUAAGGUAUGUCUUUUUGCCAGGGCCAUCUUUAAAGCGAAGCAAACGGGGGAGAGGGGGGGGCUCAAAUCAGCUGCCCUGUGGCCCCGCCGCCCGCAAUCCAGCAAAAAAAAAAAAAAUGUUCCCCCAUGGGCCCACGUUGCUGCUAUUGGGGCCUGCACACUAAGGGGUCAGACUGUGUUUUCAAUACACUUAGGGCCUCCCGGUGAGCAUGUUUUAGCAGUGGCCCAGUCUGGCGCUGUGGCCCUUUUACAGAGCGACCGGGCCCCUUGCUUAAUGGGAGCAUGGGAGGAAGGGACGGCCGCAAGUCACUUCCUCCCACAGAGACAAUUAGCUGUGCGGGAGGGAGGCCGAGCCAGGAAGCAGUGAGAAGGGGGACUCAGCAAGGAGAGCCAGACCCCAACUCCCAAGCACCCCAGGGAAGGUACCCUCUUGCAAAGGUUGGAAACUGGAGGGUGGUUUUAAAAGUGUAAAGUUUGCAUGUGUGUGUGUCAGUAUGUCUGUGCGUUUGCCAGUCUGUCCGUGUGUGUGACAAUAUGUCUGUGUGUGUGUGCCAGUAUGUCUAUAUCUAUGUAUGUCAGUAUGUUUGUGUGUGUGUGUCAGUAUGUCUGUGUGUGUGUUUGUAAGUAUGUCUGUGUGUGGUGUGAGUAUAUAUGUGUGGAGCAUGAUCCCCUCCCUUCUGAGACCGGGCCGCAGGGCAGUAUUCCAACAUGAUAACGACACCAAACACACCUCCAAGAUGACCACUGCCUUGCUAAAGAAGCUAAAGGUAAAGGUGAUGGACUGGCAAAGCAUGUCUCCAGACCUAAACCCUAUUGAACAUCUGUGGGGGAGCGCAAGGUCUCUAACAUCCACCAGCUUCGUGAAGUUGUCAUAGAGGAGUGAAAGAGAACUCCAUUGGCAACCUGUGACGCUCUGGUGAACUCCAUGCCAAUGAGGGUUAAGGCAGUGCUGGAAAAUAAUGGUGGCUAUUGACACUUUGGGCCAAUUUGGACAUUUUCACUUAGGGGUGUACUCAUUUUUGUUGCCAAUGGUUUAGACAUUAAUGGCUGUAUCUUGAGUUAUUUUGAGGGGACAGCAAAUUUACUCUGUUUUACAGGCUGUAUACUUACUACUUUACAUUGUAGCAGAGUGUCAUUUCUUCAGUGUUGUCACAUGAAAAGAUAUAAUAAAAUAUUUACAAAAAUACGAGGGCGUACUCACUUUUGUGAGAUACUGUAUGUGUAUGUAUCUGUGUGUCAUUGUGUAUAUCUGUGUAUGUGUAUCUGUAUGUAGUCAAUGUGUGUAAAUGCAUGUGUGUCAGUUUAUGUAUCUGUGUGCCUGUAUGUAUCAGUGUGUGUAUAUGUAUCAUGUCAUUGUAUCUGUAUAUCUGUAUGUGUCAGUGUGUGUAUCUGUGAUGUCAGUGUAUCUGCAUGUGUGUCAGUGUGUGUAUCUGUAUGUCUGCAUGUGUGUUUGUGGAUCUACCUUUUGGCCACACUUGCAGUAGGGGGGCCUAAAAAAAAUAAUGAAUAAUGCACUAUUACUUGCCCAGGGUCCAGUCAAUAUUAAGGACGGCCCUGCUUUUUGCUGACGAUACUAAGAUAUGUAAAAGGGUUGAUGUUCCAGGAGGGAUAAGCCAAAUGGCAAAUGAUUUAGGUAAACUAGAAAAAUGGUCAGAGCUGUGGCAAUUGACAUUUAAUGUGGAUAAUUGCAAGAUAAUGCAUCUUGGAUGUAAAAACUCAAAGGCAGAGUAUAGAAUAUCUGAUACAGUACUGACCUCAACAUCUGUAGAAAAAGACUUAGGGGUAGUUAUUUCUGGUGACUUAAAGGUAGGCAGACAAUGUAAUACAGCAGCAGGAAAUGCUAGCAGAAUGCUUGGUUGUAUAGGAAAGGGUAUUAGCAGUAGAAAGAGGGAAGUGCUCAUGCCAUUGAGACUUCACUUGGAGUAUUACACGCAGUACUGGAGACCAUAUCUCGAGAAGGAUAUUGAUACUUUAGAGAGAGUUCAGAGAAGGGCUACUAAACUGGUUCAUGGAUUGCGGGAUAAAACUUACCAGGAAAGGUUAAAGGAUCUUAACAUGUAUAGCUUGGAGGAAAGACGAGACAGGGGGGAUAUGAUAGAAACAUUUAAAUAUAUAAAGGGAAUCAACACAGUAAAGGAGGAGACUAUAUUUAAAAGAAGAAAAACUACCACAACAAAAGGACAUAGUCUAAAAUUAGAGAGGCAAAGGUUUCAAAUAAUAUCUGGUUGUAUCACUUUACUGAAAGGGUGGUGGGUGCAUGGAAUAGCUUUCCAGCUGAAGUGGUAGAGGUUAACAGAGUGAAGUAGUUUAAGCAUGUGUGGGAUAGGAAUAAGGGAGUAAUGAAAUUAUUUAGAAAAUUGGGCAGACUAGAUGGACCAAACGUUUCUUAUCUGCCAUCACAUUCCAUGUUUCUAUCUGUUUAACCCCUUAAGGACCAAGCUUCUGGAAUAAAAGGGAAUCAUGACAUGUCAUGUGUCCUUAAGGGGUUAAAGUAUACCUUGCCAAGGACAUAUCUGCUAGUAAUCAUCAUCAAGGCUGCACUGGAUUUGAUCAGGUGCACUUCUCUGUAGCUCCAUGCUUUUUUUGUCAUCAAACUGAAUUUUACCUGUAAACCUAAAAUAUUUAGAGAGGAUACCUUCACUGCCACCUUACUUUUAGUUGUGGGUGUCAAACCGGACUUUACAUAGGACACAAGGCCAUGUGUUUAGACUGGAAGAAAGAACAUUUUGUCUAAGGCAAAGGAAAGGUUUUUUACUGUAAGAACAAUCAGGAUGUGGAAUUCUCUGCCUGAAGAAGGGGUUUUAUCAGAGUCCAUACAUAUGUUCAAACAGCUACUAGAUGCAUACUUGCAAAAACAGAAUAUUUAAGGAUAUAAUCUUUCAAUGUAGGGUAAUAACUGCUUGAUCCAAGGAUAAAUCUGACUGCCAUUCUGGGGUCAAAAACAAAUGUGAGGAAGGCUGAACUUGAUUGACGCAAGUCUCUUUUCAGCUAUGUAACUAUGAAAACUAUGAAAGGUAAGAAACCAGAGGAUAGAGACUCUACCAGCCUGGACAUUCGUUAUUUACUUAAAUGCUCUCAGAGGGACUCCUGACCCAAGAUAACACCACAUGAAGACAGAUCAUGGGAAAGAGACAUCUUUUAACUAUCGGCUUCAGUUUAAUCCUACCUCUACUGGGGACCUGGAACCAGUAGCAGCAAGAAUGCCUUAAAGUUUAUUUGCUGGCCUGCAUUCUAAUGUUGCUGUGGAUAUUUCUUGAUUUAGAGAUGCCAUUAUUGGGGUUACCAUGCGGAUCCCAUUUGUGGAAGCCUCCUCCAGAAAUCCAAUUUGUUAACCCAGCAGGGUACAAGUGUCUGCAUAGACACAAUGAACUAGAGGUCAAAAUGCAUAGAAUUUUUUGCUGGAGGGGAAUUCACGCCACAGUCUGUUUGUACAUUGGAAAACUUUUAAGUUGAUAUAAAUAAAAUAAAUAGUUUUAAACAAAGAUAACAGCACUUUUCAUGAGCAUUUGACACUUUAUUAUUGUGCCAUAUUUUGUUUGCCUAAGUCAGCUACAACUCCGAUUUCAGCAACCAUGGACAUAAUAGUCCAAGUCAUGUAAUAUAAGGCCUUGUUCCUCUCUACUGUUAUUUUAAAUGAUUAAUCUCCUUCUGUAUUCCCAAAUAUGAGGAUCUGGUAUAGGUCCUUUUAGUCCUGCUGCAAGUUCUUCUAUCUAAGAUCAUAUCUGUGGCGAAUGUAACCUCGCCACGGGCUCCAAGAGGAGUCUGCUUGCCAGCCUUUUGCCCCAGGACUAUGGGCCCUGCAAAAAGAACUGCAAAAUACAUUGUAAAAGACUCCGAUCCACAAACCAAAGACCACCCAGGAGCUUGUUAAACAUUAUUGACACCUUGUAAUGAUUCUGCCAGCAGUGUUCUAAGUGUUCAUCUGGGUGGCCACCGUUCAUAUGCCUGAACACGUGGUGGCAGCCAUCUUGUUCCCGCAAACGCAGGCAGUGGUGUUUGGUCGUCAAUUGCAUGGAACUUAAACCGGAAACUCAACCUUGCAAACACCGCUGAACUUCCAUCCCGCCUACGUUUGGUACUUUACAUCCUGGAAAAGCGCUGUUUGGUGAAAUCAUUUAUCGGAAUGAGGUGAAUAAGCUCCACAUUAUACUUAUGGGUUAGGUUCGGUAUUUUGGUCGCAUGGAAUUCCCGAAUAGGACCGACUGCAACCCCUGAAUUCAUGUAAAUGUUUGGGGCAUAGGACCAUGUGUGUGGCGGGUCAGAACUUUACCCCGGUGGCGAUUCGGCCGCGUUCGUGGGAUCUGACAGCUUUUUGGAUAUGUUGGUGGCUCAUAUCCAGGCUAUCCAGGGAUGUAUAGACUGUGGGGGUUCCUGUGUGGGAAAUAUGUAUUUUUAUGUGCUUUUAAUAUGUUGUACUCUAUACAGAGUCACAGUGACAUUGUAUUUUAUGGCACAUUGUGGGUGUGGUUAUGGAUGUGUUUGGGGGGGUGUCACUGUGCUCAGAUUCUGUAUAUAAGUGAGCCAACUGGCUGGAAUAAACAGACUACCCCCUGCAUUCAGUAUCAACUAAUGUCCUGGAGGGAAAGCUAUACUUGCUCUAAUCACUUGCUAUACAGCUAUACUCUCUUGGAGGAGAGGUCAUCCCACUGGGAGCUGGAUCCAGGGUGGGAAAGGACAGCGAGACCCUAGCCAAGCUGAGGCCGCUAACGGCUAACAGACUACUGUGCUUAUAGUGUCCGGUGCGGUGCUUAUGGUACUCAGUGACAACUAGCAAGCGCGACUGGCGGAGGUACCCAGUCGGGGUGCCAGGUGGUCCUCCACAAUAUGUAACUGAUUGGGUUUCCCUAGAUGUUCCUGUUCACUCAUCAAGGCACUGUCUUUCAAGUACACAGUACUCAGGCGCUAGAAUCGCAUCUUUACAAUAUGGAUUUUCUUCUGGCUCCAUCAGCUUCUAAUGUGAUUCUAUCUAAAUAUACCCCAUUUAUUCCUCACAAGAUAAACCUGCCAUAGAGGAGGUUAUCUGAUCUACUUGAUUCUCAAGUUCUUCUAUGUUCAAGACUGGCUGGCUCUGAAUAUCACCCAAGUAUUGCUUUAGUUUUUUGUUUUUUUUAAGAUUCUUUAUUUUCAUUUUAAAGAUGUUACAGUAGAAAAUGUAUUUUACAAAGACUGCAUUUGAAAAUGUAAUCAACAUGCACAAUUGAAAAGAUUACAGUAACACAGAUCGAGAAAUUCGCGAUAACGCGAUAACCUUUUGGAGAUUUUUGCAGUUAGAUUCCCCACACUUUGAGUUCCUAUUGAGGUUAGUGAGCAUUUAGCUCUGCUUGAUUAGACAAAGUUCUGGAUUGCUGUGUGAAUUUCUGAGGUUUCCAAGAGUUUACACAUGAUUUGUAUGCAUCCUAGAGAAAAUACUUUCUUUUUUUAAUUAAGAUCUAAACAUCAUCUUAAAAUACUAAGUUAAAAAAAUUAGUAUAAACACCAUAUUUAUGCAUCCUAUAGAUGUUUGAUAUGUUGGUUUGCCACUUAAAUUGAAUUCUUUGUGCCCAGGAGAGUUUUUGGAAGAGCAUCAUCGUGUCUUGGAAUCGAGACUUGCCCCUGUGUGCAGAGAAAUCACUGAUAGCCGGGCUCGCACAGCUGAGGAACUCGAGAGUCUUUAUCGGAAGAUUGUCAGCUACGUGUUGCUUCGUUCUGGACUCGGGUCUCCAACGGAUAUCAAAGUUGUCAGAGAAGCCACAGGUCAGCCUGUCCCCCACUUUACUGGAUGUAGAAAUAUAUUCUAAAUAUACACAGUCAAUUAAUAUCAUGCAUGAUGUGUUCUUUAAUUAGUUGGUUUAAAUAAGUGUAAUAUAAAUUAACAUGACAGUUUUUUUAAUGUAUAUCUGUUAUUGUAUUACUCACCAUCAUUUUACAUGAUAUGACAAGCUGCUAAAAUCACACAAUGAAAGUUUUACACUGAAGGAAAUAUUCAGUGUUAUAAUUUAGGAACUAUAAAGCUGGAAUGGCAGAAGGCAGAAUGUAUGAAUAGAGGAAGCAAGAAUAAUGAGAAAAGUCAUAGUUUAGGAAAGAAAGAAGAGGAAGAAUGUUGUUUUUUUAGAUAAGGAGAAAACAUUUGUGGACUGGAUUUGUCAAAGAAUGACAGUAGUGUCACUUUCCUUUAUUUAAGGUUAAUAAAAUGUUAACUGCAUAUUUUAAAGAGACCUACUCAUGUAUCACAUAUAAAGAGCCAAAUUACUUCUGAUUUUCUAAUGGUAUCCCUAUUAUUAUUAUUAUUGUAAUUUAUAUAGCGCCAGGAUAUUCCGUAGCGGUUACAAUAUUAUCAGAGGGGGAGAUUUAACAAUAAAUAAGACAAUUACAAAAAUUUAAGCUCAAACUAGCUUACAAUCUAUAGGAGGUGGGGUGUAAAACCCAACAGGACAGGAGCUAGCAAUCAAACUAGGUGGAGUGAAGCAGAGCUGGAGGAGAGAGUAGAGUGCUGCGCUUUAGGAGAGAGCAAGGGGCAGGUAUGUGAGGUAUAGGUUAUUCAUAAGCUCUCCUAAAGAGAUGGGUUUUGAGGCACUUUUCAAAUGAUUGAAGACUAGGGGAGAGCUUGAUGGUCGUAGGCAGGCUAUUCCAUUGGAAGGGAGCUGCCCGCGAGAAGGCCUUCAAGCGUGAGUUGGCUGUAUGGGUGCAAGCAGCAGACAUGAGAAGGUCGUGGGCAGAGCGGAGAGACCAAGAAGGUGCAUACCUGCGGAUCAGUGAACAAAUAUAGGAGGGGCUAGAAUUUGUCAGUGCUUUAUAGGUAUCCUGGCAUUUUUAAUCUUUGUGAUGUACCUUGCAUUGACUCCUAUAGGAUACAGGAAGCCAAUGUAAGGAUUGACAGAGGGGAGAGGUAUGAGAGGAGUGACAGAAGAGGAAAAUUAGUCUAGCUGCAGCAUUCAUUACAGACUGUAGCGGGGUAAUACGACUUGUGGGAAGACCUAUUAGGAGAGAGUUACAAUAAUCCAUGUGAGAGAUUACUAGAGCAUGGACAAGCUCCUUAGUAGCAUCUUGUGUAAGAAAGGGGUAGAUUCAGGCUAUGUUUUUAAAGUGGAAUCUACACGAUUUGGUAACACACUGGGUGUGAGGCUCAAAUGUGAGGCCAGAAUCAAGUAUAACGCCAAGACAGCGCGCUUGCAAGCAUGGACUGAUGUGGGUAUCACUCACUUGAAGCGAAAGAGGGGGGUCAGUAUUAGGAGGAGGAAAGAGUUCAGUUUUAGAGAGAUUGAGUUUCAAAAAGCAGGAGGACAUCCAAUGAGAGAUUGAAGAAAGGCAAGCAGUGACACGUUGCAGGACGGCAGGGGAGAGGUCCGGGGAGGAGAGAUAUAUCUGAGUGUCAUCAGCGUACAGGUGGUAUUGGAAUCCAAAUUAGGUAAUAAGUUUGCCAAGAGAGGCAGUAUAAGAGAAAAUAGAGGGGGACCAAGUACAGAGCCUUGGGGGACUCCAGCAGAGACAGGACAAAGGGAGGACAUAUCAUUAGAAAAGGUGAUACUGAAUAAGCAUUGGGAGAGAUAGGAGGAAAACCAAGAGAGGACAGUGUCAUAGAGACCGAGUGAUUGAAGAACAUGGUCUACAGUGUCAAAGGCAGCAGAGAAGUCAAGAAGAAUUAGUAUAGAGUAGUGCCCCUUGGAUUUAGCUGCGAAUAGGUCAUUAGUGACUUUAAUAAGAGUAGUCUCAAUAGAGUGCAGGGGGCAGAAGAAGGUCAAGGAGAGAGUUGGAAUUGAGAAAGUCAGACAGGUAAAGACAAGUUUUUCCAGAAGCUUUAAGGAAAAAGGGAGCAGGAUUAUGGGACGAUAGUUAGAAGGGGAGAACGGGUCAAGAGAUGGGUUUUUUACAGUAAUAUGUUUAAGGGCAGCAGGGACAACACCAGAAGACAGAGAGCAGUUGAAGAUGACAAUCUGUGUUAAGGAAGUCACAAGACAAGAGGAGAGAGAUCUGAUAAAGUGAGAUGGGACAGGAUCAAGCAGGCAAGUGCUGGGCCAAGAGGAAAGGAGAACCUCUUGUUCAGUAGCAUGGGAGAAAAUUUGAUUUGAAGAGUAGGAAAGGCAUGACUUGGUGUGGUUGAGAAAAAGAGGGGCAAGGUGGUGAGAAUGCUUUCCUUAGCUGUUCAAUCUUGUCGGUAAAGUAGCAUGCAAAGCUAUCGGCUGUAAGGUUAGUUUGGGGGUGGCCACAUUACUUCCUCCAGCAGCAUUCAGCAGAAUGGGAGCAUCUCUUCAGGUAGUGUGUUGAUUUAGUGUGCCAUGGUUGGGGGCGUGUUCUCCUCAGGGUGCAUGUUUGGAGCAGGGGUGCAGCAUCCAGGUCAGUGGUGAGGGUUGUGUUAUGAGGAGAAAGCCAGUGAGGAACAGGAGAAAGUAGGGAUGGAUAGAAGUUGGGAAUCAAUAUUAGCUGAUAGCUGCUGGAGGUCAAUGUAAUUCAGAGGUAUUACCAGCAACAUGGGUGGGGGACUGUGAUAGCCCAAGGGAGGAGGUCAUUGAAAGCACGUUUGAGGCUACUGAGGAUAAGGGUAGGUUAAUGGGAAUGUUGAAGUCCCCAAGAAUUAGGGAUUGAAUAUUAGAGGAGAGGAAGUAGUGAAGCCAAGCAGCAGAGUGGUCAAGGAAGAGGAGAGGGGAACCAGAUGGACGAUAGAUGACGGCACUGUUAGCAGAGAUGGGUUUAAAAAGGUGAAUUGAAUGAAAUUCAAAUGAGGAGAAAGAGAGGGAAGGGAGUGGGUAGUGGUUUAAAGGAGCACUGAGGCAAGAUCAGAAACCCUACACCACCACCUUUGCUUUCAGAGUGUCUUGGGUUGUGGGAAAAUUGAAGACCACCAAAGGAUAGAGAGGCAAGGGUAGCGGUGUCAGAUGGUGAAAGCCAUGUUUUUGUUAAGGCUAAUAAGUCUAGGGGACGAGAGAUGAAAACGUUGUGCACAGCAGUGGAUUUAGUAACACUGCAAGCAGAGCGUGCAUACCAGAGCGCAGUAUGAAAGGAAGAUUUAAAGGAAGAGUGACAUGAGAUGGGUACGAGAUUUAAAAGUUUUGCAAGAGGGUGUGUAUUUAGAGGUUUUAGAAAGAGUUGGUGGAGAUUGGCUGGAAAGGUAUAGAGUGCAUGAUACGAUUCAAAGUUAUAUUUUACUUUCAAUGAACCCAUGGCGUUACAAUCUCCUUAUGCACUUCCUUCUCUCAUUAUUUGUUUACUUAACAUUUUUAGCUACUGAUAUAAGGAAAGAAAUAAUCAACAAUUUUGUUCAGAAAAGAUACACAUAUUCUCUUCUUUGAUCGUACCACAGCAUAUUGGACUAAGGACAAAUCAAACUUGUUUAUUAAUCAUAAAACAAAAUGCUACUUUAAGAAGGAAUAAUGUUAGUGGUUUCAUGUAUAGUUGUAAAAUCUGAAAAUUGAAACAUAAAAUGAUAUCAUGGGCCUAAUGUCAAUCUCAAAUAUUUUCUUCUCAGUUCUUUAUUCUCUUUUUCUCAUUAACUGCCAUUUCUCACCUCCCCAAGGAACUCACUAUUAUUUAUAGAUAGCACAAAUUACCUGACUUUCCAAACACACUGAUUAUGUCUCUCAAAUCCUCAUCACCUGCUCAACUAUCACACUCCCUACCUGCAACCCCUGACCCCGCUCAUCUAAUUUUGCAUAAAUAAAAAUCCUAAUUUUCCUUUUUUAUUAUAUAAACCCCUUUUAAUCUCCUUAGAGAAUGCUCUCCUUUAUAUUCUUUUCUUUCACUCUCACCUCUCUAAUUAGCAAAGUAUUUUAUCCCUCUGCUCACCUGUCCCUGCUGCCAUGAAAAGAGAGGGGAGGGAAGUAAAGUGGGAGCAAUGAAAAUGGUUUCAGCAGGGACAGGUGAGCAGAAAGAAAAGAAUAUAAAGGAGAGCAUUCUCUAAGGAGAUUAAAAGGGGUUAAUGAGGAAAAGAAAAUAAAGAACGGAGAAGAAAAUAUUUGAGAUUGACAUUAGGCCCAUGAUAUAAUUUUAUGUCUCACUUUUCAGAUUUUACAACUAUACAUGAAACCACUAACAUUAUUCCUUCUUAAAGCAGCAUUUUGUUUUAUGAUUAAUAAACAAGUUUGAUUUGUCCUUAGUCCAAUAUGCUGUGGUAAAAUCAAAGAAGAGAAUAUGUGUAUCUUUUCUGAACAAAAUUGUUGAUUAUUUCUUUCCUUAUUAGUAGCUAAAAAUGUUAAGUAAACAAAUAAGGAGAGAAGUAGGUGCAUAAGGAUAUUGUAGCACCAUGGGUUCAUUGAAAGUAAAAUAUAACUUUGAAUCGUAUCAGUAGUACAAAUCCACAUAAAGCAAAUAGUAUCAAGGCGGAAGAAUAGUUCUGGGGCGACAGGCCUAAUAUUUUUUGGACUCCCAAGUCCUUAGUCAUAGAUAUUCAACACCAAGGUUCUCCCACAAAAAAUACAGCACGUCUUGCAUAAACCAUGCAUUGUCUCACAGAUAACAGUGCUGAAGCCUUUUAUGCUAUAUUGGAAAUAUGACAAUUCUCUUAACCGCAGUUUUUUGCUUUCCAGCUGCCUUGCAGAGUGUGUUUCCUCACACUGAGCUUGGGACAUUUCUAUCUCUAGUAAAGCGAGACAAGGAGCGUCAACUCAAAGAACUCACCAUGAUUGUCACAGGCAUCCGAUUGUUCAACAAAGACUGUGGCAAAGGUGGAGAAGGCAUUGAUGACUGUAAGUAUAUGGGCAGUACAAAUAGUUACCUACAACAAAUUUUCAGCUAACUUACCAAGGAAUACAUUAUCAUGACGCUAAGUGGUGUCUUAAAUAUUUCAGCUAUUUCUCACUGUGUUUCCUUAUACUUUAGUUUUUUUCAAUUGGCUUUCUGAAAUAUGUCAGGUCAUCUUGUUAUCAUAUCAUAUGUGACUAUGCCAAUAAGGCCAAAUGCCUACAAGUUAUAUUAUAAGUAACGCCAGGCAUAUCUACCAGUGCAUAUACCAUUGCUUCGUUCUUUUAUUCUGUUAUUUGUGCUCAAUUCGCCUUCUCUUUAUCACACUUUAAAAAUUUAAAAUGAGGUACAUAUAUAUUGUAUGGCAUUGAGUAUCGUUCAGUAAUGUGUCUGAAUAUAAUUUUGCUGAUUGUAUAGGAAACUGUGACAUGUCCGAUAUUUGCCUUGACUUGUUUUUUGAGCUUUGCAUUGCCUCAAUAAAACAUUGAUUAACAACAGAAAUAUCAUAUAAUUUGGACAGUGCAUCCAACAAUAGUAAACUGAGGUCUAUAAAGAGGAAACUAUAAAUAUGUGAUAUGUCACAAACAGACUCUUAGAUUGACUGACUCAUUGUUUAAUCCUAUUGACCCUUAGCUUGACUGACUCAUUGUUUAGUCAUUUGCAAUUAAAUUCUGAUGUUUAAAAUAAUAUUGUCCUCAAUAUCAUUACUAGGGUGUGACCUGUCAUUCUGUGUAUACAUGGAUUAAGGUCUUUCAAAUCCUCUCGUUAAUUAAAUUUCAAUAUGUCUGUAUCUUUAAUCUAGAUAUACUGUGACAUAAAUAAAAGUUAUUUUGAUGUUUUGAUUGUUGUUAAAGGAGCCUCCAACUUGGAAUGUUUUUUUUUUUUUUGUUUGUUUUUGCUUUGCUACAAUAAAACUUUAUUUUUGUGUGCUUAUACUAUUUUUCCUUGCAGUUAGUACAAUGACAUACAUGUUAUAUGUGACCUUGCAACCACCAUUUUCUUACUUUCAGAAAAUGGGAAUAUUAAAAAUGGGAAAAUAAUAUAAGUACUUAACCCGAAAGACUUAAUUUAACUUUCAAGCACAUUGUGCAUACUUCUCAACUUUAUAUUUUUAAUCUGCGGUGGUGGUGAUGUUUUGUGCAUAAAGUACAUCUGAUCCCAGCACUCAUGCAGCUUGCAAGGCAACAACCAAUUCUAACUUGUGCAUAUAGUUGCUAAAACGCUUUUGUAUUAAUGGAUGUGCCUUGGUAUAGCCUAGAAAAGCUGAAAUAUAUUGUGUUUAUGGAAAAGUAAACUAGAAUAACACAUAAGGAAUCAAAGAUGGGACUUUCUUUUCAGAACCUGGACACUUGGUGUGUAUGCAUACUUGGGUUAGAUAUUAUUACCUAAAUAAUAUACUUUGCUGAGAACUGAUUCUCCAUUUCUGAAACGCUGCUGCUACAGGAGUACUAUCCACUGAGAUAUGUUAGCAAUAUAAAUAGUGAUACCAGAUAACUUCAGCAUGAACUGUUAGCUGUUUAGCUCACUCUCUUUGAUAUAGUGCAUAGGUAUUCAAUAUUUAUUAUUUUGAGGAACUCUGGAAACUUGAAUUACUUACUUUGCUUUUGCUGAAGUACGCAUACAGUUGUUUUACAACUUAUAUCCAGCAGGUGGCAAUGCAGACUCUGUCAUUUACACCCAAAAAAGGGUACACUCUAUUAAAAAAUAAGUAUAUUUAUUUUUAACAGUAGUGUUCUUGUUAGCAAACUUUCACUGCACUCCCCACUCAUUUUAAGAAAAAGAAAGUAAAAAAACAACAUUGAUUCCACUGCUGAGGCAGUCUUUUCUAAGCAGCUUCCACAUCUAGUGUCAUCAGUUAUAAUCAUAGAAAAGCAUAGGUGAACUACAGUAAAUGAGUUACAGUCUUUGCCCUCUGCCAAUUAAAUAUUAAACAUAAUGAAGCACUGAAUCUACAGAAGCUUUUGAUGUGUUAGACGUUAUCUUCUACGCUCUGCUGCUGCGGGGGCCACCCCAAAAACUAAUCUUUCAGCUGAUAGCUUUGCAUGUUACUUUACAGACAAGAUUAAAUAGUUAAGGAAUGAAUUAUCCCCCCUUCUCACCUCUCUAUUUCAACCUCACUUGGACCAUACCACCCCUACCCUCCAGCUACUGAACGGGAGGUGGCUUUGUUUCUCCUCUCGUCCCACCACCUGUCCGCUUGAUCCAGUACCUUCCCACCUCAUCAGAGCUCUCACCCCUUGUUUUGUGCCAUCCUUAACACACAUCCUAAACUGCUCUCUUUAAUCUGGUGUUGUCCCUGCUCCCCUUAAGCAUGCUACUGUCGUACCCAUCCUAAAAAAGCCAUCCCUAGACCUGUCUACCACUUCCAACUAUCGUUCCAUAUCCCUGCUUCCUUUUUCCCUCAAAGCUUCUAGAAAGACCUGUCUUUCCUCAUAUGACUCACUUCCUAAAUUCCAACUCCCUCCUCAAUCCUCUUCAUUCUGGCUUUCACCCCCUCCACUCUACUGAGACUGCUUUUAUUAAAGUUACAAAUGACCUAAUCACAGCCAAAUCUAGAGACCACUACUCCAUACUAAUUCUUCUUGACCUCUCUGCUGCCUUUGGCACUGUUGAUCAUGGCCUCCUUCUCCUAACUCUACAAUCUCUUGGUUUCUGUGACACAGCCCUCUCAUGGUUUUCCUCCUAACUCUCCCAACGCUCCUUUUGUGUCUCUUUUUCCACCAGCACCUCCUCUCCUCAUCCUGUCUUAGUCAGAGUCCCUCAAGGUUCAGUUCUUGGUCCCAUUUUGUUCUCUCUCUAGACUGCCUCUCUUGGGAUACUCAUUAAUUCAUUUGAAUUCCACUACCACCUGUACGUUGAUGACACCCAGAUAUAUCUCUCCUCCCCUGACCUCUCCCCUGCUGUCCUACAACGUGUCACCAAUUGCCUUUCUUCAAACUCUGAUUGGAUGUCCUCCCACUUUCUGAAGCUCAAUCUCUCUAAAGCUGAGUUUCUUAUUUUUCCUCCUCAUAACACUGAUACUCCUCCUUCACUCUCCUUGCUCGCUGUCUUGGUGUCACUUUUGAUCCUGGCCUGACCUUUGCGCCUCAUGGCCAGUCUGUUGCUAAAACCUGUUGAUUCUAACUUAAAAACAUUGACCGCAUAUGCCCCUUUCUUACGCAAGAUGCUGCCAUUGAUUACUGUAAUUCUCUCCUAAUUGGUCUCCCCAAAAGCCGUACUGCCCCCCUACAAUCUGUGGUAAAUGCUGUGCCAGGCUGAUCUUUCUCUCCUGUCGGUCUUCUCACACCUCACCCCUCUGUCGAUCCUUACACUGGCUUCCUGUCACCUACAGGUGUCAAUUUAAAAUACUAACCCUUACCUAUAAAGCUCUAACAAACUCUAGCCCCUCUUACAUUUCUUCACUGAUUCAUAGGUAUGCCCCCUCUCAGUCUCUCCGCUCUACUGGUGACCUUCUCCUGUCUGCUGCUCGCACCCUUACUGCAAAUUCAUGCUUGCAAGACUUCUUACGGGCAGCUCCUUUCCUUUGGAACAGCCUGCCUGCCCCUGUCAACCGUUCCCCUAGUCUUCAAUCCUUUAAAAAGUCCCUCAAAACCCAUAGUUUCAGGAAUGCUCUCACCUCCAGUUCUGCUACUUUCCCACCAAGUCUAUUUGCUGUCUCUCCCAAUACCCUUGCUAUUGUGUUUUUAUACCUCACCUCCUUUAGACUGUAGGCUCGUUUGAGCAGGGUCCUCAACUACCUGUUUUUCCUGUUACAUUUUGUUUUUGUCUCAUUUGGUAAAUUCCCCUUUUAUUGUAAAGCGCUGCGGAAUAAGCUGGCGCUAUAUGAAUACCAAUAAUAAUAAUAAUAAUAAUCGUAUUGUGCAUGAUGAUGUUGAACAUGAAACCUUUGAUUUUCAAAUAUCUUCAGAAGGAAAAGCCUUUAGGGGCUUUUAGUCUAAAAGCUGUACUAGAUGUGUGGUUAUUAACGAAUGUAAACAUUGCUAUUCUCUGUAAAAUGCAUCAGGGUAUAUACACCAAAACCACUUCGUGUAUUUUAAUCCUAGUAUAAUAUUUAGAUUUUAAAUCCUAUAAUUCCAGUAGUCAUUGAUGCAAAGAUUUACGUAGUUGGUGAUUAAAGGACCACUAUAAUGCCAGGAAAACAUACUUGCUUUCCUGGCACUAUACGGUCUCUUGGUCCCCCCCACCCUCAAGGCCCCUCUCCCGCCGGGCUCUAGGAGGUGGAAGGGGUUAAACUUACCUCAUUUUCCAGCGCCGGGCGGGUGACUCUCCUCCUUCUCGCCGUCAUCGGCUGAAUGCGCAUGCGCAGCACGAGCUGCGGGCGCAUUCAGCCAGUCCAUAGGAAAGCAUUCUCAAUGCUUUCCUAUGGACGUUGGCGUCUUCUCACUGUUAAAAACACAGUGAGAAGCACGGAAGCGCCUCUAGCGGCUGUCAAUGAGACAGCCACUAGAGGCUGAAUUAACCCUAUUAUAAACAUAGCAGUUUCUCUGAAACUGCUAUGUUUAUAGAAGAAAGGGUUAAUCCUAGCUGGACCUGGCACCCAGACCACUUCAUUAAGCUGAAAUGGUCUGGGUGCCUAUAGUGGUCCUUUAAUACUGAUUGCAAUACAAUCACUAAACUAUCUUCUAAUAUAUAAUAAUUAUGAAUUUAUGUCACUCCGAGAAUGUGUCAAAGAUUUUCUAGUUAGUCACUAAACUGCAUUUCAAUGUAUAAUAAGUACAUUAUGAAUUUACAUCACUACUAUAAUGAAUUUGUUACCACCUUGACGUGGGCUAUUUUGGCUACAUCUUACAUCAUAUGGUCAAAAGUAUGUGGGAACCUGACCUUCACACCUAUAUGUUCAUGUUGGACAUUCCAUUCCAAAACAUGGGCAUUAAUAUGGAGUUGGCCACCACUCUUCUGGGAAGGCUUUCUACAAGAUGUUGAAUUGUACUCAUACAGCCAAAAGAGCAUUUGCAAGGUCAGGCACUGCUCUUGGAGGAUACUUUUUGGCUUGCAAUUGAUGUUCCAGUUAAUUUCAAAGGUAUUCAGUGGGCUGUAGGUCAUAACUCUGUGCAGGCAACUUUAGUUCCUCCUCACUAAACUCAUCAAACCAUGUAUGAAAUUUGCUCUGUGCACAAAGGUUAUCACAUUGGAACAGGAAAAGAUCUACCCCAAAUUGUUGCCACAAAGUUGGAAGGCACCCAAUUAUCUAAAAUUUCUUUGUACCCUGCAGCAUUAAGUUGACCUUUCAUUGGAAUUAAGGAGCCUAGCUUAAACCCUGAAGAACAGCCUCAGAUCAUUGACCCUCCUUCACCAAACAUACAGUAGGGAUCAUGCAUUCUGGUAGAUGGCAUUCUCCUGGCAUCUACCACACCCAUAUUAUUCCAGUAUGCCAGUGAAACAUGAUCACUCUAGAGAACAGCUCCAGAGUUGUCAUGGCAUACUCUAUGCCAGUCCAACUGACAUUUAGCAUUGUGCUUGUUGAUGUGAGCGUGCUUAGAGAUGGAGAACCAUUUCAUGAAACUCCCAACGCUAAAUGAACAGGUGAUAGCUAUGUGCUUCAGCACUCGAUAUCUCCAUUCUGGGAGUACACAAGGUCUACCACUGUGUGGCUGGACUGUUAUUCCUCCACUUCACGAUGGCAUUUCACAUUUCACAAGCAAAUACUAUGUCAGUGUCAUGUGUAAUGUCACUGAGCUCUUCAGUAUGAUCUUUUGUAUUGCCAAUGUGUGUCUAUGUAGAUUUUAUAGCUGGAUUUUAUGCACCAGUUAGUAAUGGGUAAGGCUGAAAUACCUGAUUUGAAUAAUUUGAUGGGGUGUACACUUUUAGCUAUAUAGUGUAUAUUCCAUUCUCAGUGGCCAUAGGAAGCAAUAGAAAAAUAAAAGAUUGAAAGGUACUCAUAGGAAAACAUAGAUUUGGCUAACAUUACUACCUAUCUAUCCUCCCUAAUACACAAGUAUGUCCCGUCUACGCCCUUACACUCUGCUGAAGACUUACGUCUAUCUUCUGUCCGUACUCCCACCUCUGAUUCUCAAGACUUCUCGAAGGCUGCACCAUUCCUGUAGAACUCACUUCCCUCCUCCGUUAGAUGCUCACCCAGUCUCCACUCCUUCAAAAAAAAAAAAAAAACUUCUUCAUAAAAGCAUAUUAAUUAAACUGGUAAUAGCUCCCGACUGAUUCCUCUCUUGCAACUGUCAUUAGUCUAAAACUAUCCUUACCUUUUGUGUCACUUUACCCCACUCCCUCUAGCAUGUAAGCUAAUUGAGCAGGGCCCUCAACCCCUCUGUUCCUGUGUGUCCAACUUGUUUGGUUACAACUACAUGUCUGUUCGUCCACCCACUGUAAAGCUCUGCGGAAUUUGUGGGCGCUAUAUAAAUAAUAACAUAAUAAUAAUAACUUAGUGAUUUUGUUUUCUGUUGUUUGUUUGUUUUUACAUAUAUGAAUUUUUAAUGAUUCUAGAUCAAGGUUUUUGAAUGCCAAAUGCAACCCUGCAACUAGCUGGAAGAUCCUUUGUGGGCAGAGCAUAUUUUCUUAUUUAUAAAUAAAAUGUCAGUGUGUAAAUUCACAGUGAUUUGCCCUGCAGAUUAUCAGAAUUAAACAAUCCAAUCCAUAUUGGUGGAACAGGUCAGAUUACAGACAGGAAACACGAUUGCUAAUCACAAGAUACAUUGCAUAACAACUAACUGUAAAUUUACUUAAAAUUCUGUUAUCUCCACUUUUAUCAGAUAAAUGCAUAGAACAAGAGAAAAAUAUGAUUCUGGUAACAUUGGGUCAAAAGUGAAAGGAGUAACAGUCAGUUACAUGAAAAUGAUUAGUGUAGGGGAGUAAAUAUGUGAAUAAGAACGUAUCAACACUGAAUAGUACCUUAUUAAUAAGUAUCUUAUUAGCUUUAUGAUAAAAAUAGAAACAUAGAAUGUGACAGCAGAUAAGAACCAUUCGGCCCAUCUAGUCUGCCCAAUUUUCUAAAUACUUUCAUUAGUCCCUAGCCUUAUCUUAUAGUUAGGAUAGCCUUAUGCCUAUCCCAUGCAUGCUUAAACUCCUUUACUGUGUUAACCUCUACCACUUCAGCUGGAAGGUUAUUCCAUGCAUCCACUACCCUCUCAGUAAAGUAAUACUUCCUGAUAUUAUUUUUAAACCGUUGUCCCUCUAAUUUAAGACAAUGUCCUCUUGUUGUGGUAGUUUUUCUUCUUUUAAAUAUAGUCUCCUCCUUUACUGUGUUGAUUCCCUUUAUAUAUUUAAAUGUUUCUAUCAUAUCCCCCCUGUCUCGUCUUUCCUCCAAACUAUACAUGUUAAGAUCCUUUAACCUUUCCUGGUAAGUUUUAUCCCGCAAUCCAUGAACCAGUUUAGUAGCCCUUCUCUGAACCCUCUCUAAGGUAUCAAUAUCCUUCUGAAGAUACGGUCUCCAGUACUGUGUACAAUACUCCAAGUGAGGUCUCACCAGUGUUCUGUACAAUGGCAUGAGCACUUCCCUCUUUCUACUGCUAAUACUUCUCCCUAUACAACCAAGCAUUCUGCUAGCAUUUCCUGCUGCUCUAUUACAUUGUCUGCCUAAAUAAUAAAAUGAUAUAAGUAAAGAGUUUCUCCUGUAGAUAAUUCCACGCCCUGUUACAUAUUGAUAUAAAAUAUAUUUAGACAUACAAUUGGUUAUAUUACACUCUGUAUUAUAUUUUGACAGGAACAAAUUUUAUUAUUAUACAUUUGGAUAGUACCCGUCCCCUCCCUUUUAAAUUUUUUUAUUUCUUUUUGAUCAUUAUUUUUUCACCUUCCCUUCUUAUUUCUACUUGUUUCUAUUAUUAAAUGUUGAUUUAUUUAUAUAACAAAUUAAUGUGAAAUAUGUUUUUUUCAAAUACUGGGAAUUUAACAUUUAAAUAUAAAAUAUAGGGAAUGGUUGCAAUUACCGAUGUUAAAGAAUGAGUGUCUAUAUUGCUUUUUUUUUUUUUAUAAUAUAUGUAGUCUGACCCAGGAUAAGCCACAUUUGAGACCCAUGCAUUGCCAGACUUAAGACUCAGGCUGAGUUGUAGAUGUAUAGUAGCGUGUGUCUUCCUUUUGACCACCUCUUAUCUGAUCAAUCUAACCCAUAUAGAGUGGAAUGUUUAACUUAGAUAAUCUGUUGGGUAAAUCAUUGAGCACUACACACUGUGCCAUAUUAUACAGAAAUAACUCAAUAGUGGAUAACUAUGUAGAGAGUUGCCAUCCGAAAUGUUGGUACUGCUUUCGAAUGCACAAGCUGGACCCCCCCAGUCAUACUGUGGGGAUAUUUAUGGGAUAAUAAUAGUAAACAGUUGAGAAUUGCCCACUAAUUAAAUUCUCAGAUCCCAAAGAACGUUUAUCGUGUUAAGUGGAAAGUAUUUCAUAUAAAUAAUCACAAUGUAUAAAAAUAGAUUUUUAUUUAUAUGACAAAAUUAAUAAUAAUAUUAUAUGUAACAUGCAUAACAAUAAUCAAUGAAUAUUCAGUAUAAAACGAUAUGCAAUACAAAGAAAUGGGUAUUACGUUUCAAUGGCUAAACGGCAUUUUCUGUCAAGACUUCUACGAUUUAUGACUAGCUUUCACAGACUGAAAGUGAAACUUUUCACAGGGAAGAACAGAAUUCCUCAGAGUGCAGCGUAAGGUCGUAAAGUUUAGCAGACAGUUAGAAUAACCCUUUCAAUGCUGGCUAGAUCUCCUAGGUAGUUAAGAUCUAUUCUUAUGUAAUUUUUAAAUAAAAUAACAUUUAAACCAGUUCACUAGUCAUUUUCUUAAACCAUCCAAUAAGAGAAUCUAACAUUAUAUAAGCAGAUUUUUAAUUUGUCUAAAAGAUAUCUAUCUUAAUUUAGAGCAAAUCAAUACACCUGGAUAACAACAGCGGUAUGCUAACACGUGAUAAUAUCACAUCAAUAUAUAAUUAUUCUUAAUUCCACCUGCAGAAUGGAAUGUUUAUAACUAUAUAUUCUUAGUUAACUAAGAUUUCUUAAUAUGGAAAUCUGACCGUGCUUUAUCCAGUCAUAUAUAAUGCUAUUAAUAUAUUUUAAUUAAUUUAAUUUAAUUAAAUGAAACCAGUAUAAUUACCAGUUGAGUAGAUAUUUCAUCCGAUUGGUAGCCUCUUAUUUGGAUGUCUCUCUCUGCAUGGAGGUGUUGGUUAGAAAGUCAGUAAAUUCUAAGUGUUAGAGUUUUAGGAGUAGAGUGUUAGUCUCAGAUGUUGUCCGAGUUGGAGUCCCCAAACUUCCAAUUCCUCUCUCCUCUCCUUUGCAUAUCUUGCAUCUGCCUCCCUCUCUCGUAUUCUUGUAUCCUCUAUCUUCCCUUUGUCCUAACUUUUAAAGGGCCAGACUCUCUGUACGUCAUCAGUUGAUAACCCAAUAGAAGCACUAGAGGUGUGGUUAUCUUCCAGAUCGCAAAUUAGUUAUUUGGUCUGUAGAGGGCAGUCUUGUCCCACUAAACAUACCUAUCCAGGAAAGAGUUAACUUUUCCUGGUGGCUAUUUUGACGUCAUUUUGCGUUAUCUUUAUAGUGCCAUAAUUUAAAAUUUCAAAGGGUUUCUUAAAUUUUGUCCAGACUUAGCGUCUGCAAUUCCUGCCAUAAUUUCUGAUAUGACAGAUCAUGAACUAAGUUUACCCUUUUCCAUACAAUGGUACCUUAUAUAUAUAUAGACAGUUAAAUAUUAUUAUUUAAUCUUCUCUGUCACAAUUGUCUGGGUUUAGAUUUGAUUAUAUUCUUCUUAUCACUUGUUUAUACUAUGCUAUGCAUUCCUUAGCUCUGGCAAAGAGGCCAGUCUUACAGAAAGAAAUCCUGUGUCUCUUUGUUUUUGUUAACUUGAAUAACAAAAUGGAGUCUGGUCUGUUCAGAGUGACUCAGAAUAUACACUUUUAGUUUCUAUCAUAGCACAAAAUGUCUGCCGAUAUAAAUACUCUGACAUAACCCCCCUUUAGUGCAUUUCAUAGCCAAAAUUAAUUUAGCUUAUGAAUAAGCACUAUAGAAGUUAUCAGACAUAUUGUGCAAUCACAUCAUUUCUAACAUAGGCCCGUGCGUGGAAUGAACAUUUUUGUAUAUAUUUGUACCUGUAAGAGUUUUGAACUUUACACUUAGUACAAUCAAUCAUAAUAUCAUUAUUACAUAGUACAUUAUUUUCAUUUGAAAAAUGUUUUGGGGAGUUACAUAUGGUAUGGUCAAUAAAAAGCAAAUCUCCAUGCGUUCCGGAUUAAUUAAGAGAGGUAUAGCGCUCCCCAUCUCAAAGGCCAGAUUUAAUUGCAUAGGCUCAAUUGUCUCUCCAUCCACAUUGGCAAGCAUCGCAUGAACAAUAUCCUUGGAUACAAAAUACAGAGGUAUGCGUCCCCCUGCCAAUUCGAUCAUUCCAGUUUGCACUUCGUCAAGAAAAGCAAGUGUGUGGAACAAUAUUGGGUCAUGCAGAAAUAGAAGUUCACGCUUAAAUAAGUCAUGACUUUGGUGCAACUCAGUGGAUUUGGUAAUUAAUUCCGAAUGCAAAUUCGUUGUAACAACUGUGUCUUCCACAAUAGUUAACACGUCUUGGAGAAGUGUUCUUUGCUGUUGUAUCACCUGAUGAAUAUCGUUAAUGUGUUGCUUUAGCGCAUAGAUUUCCAUAUCCAGCUUUUGGACAGUAAUAGAGUUGGCUGCAGACAUUCCAGUUGCGACAACUGCACCGACAGUGGCACAAACUAAUGCAACAAUUAUAGCGGUGAGGAACCUUUUGGGUCGGUUGCUCAUCGGAAUAGAACUGGAUACAAAUGGUUUCCGGGUUUGCUCCAAGAUGUUUCGCACACGGUCCUGUGCUCUUUGGAGGUGCAUCUGGUACCAAGUCUGUAACUCAGGAAGCUGCAUCGAUGAAAUGUUGUAUGCCUUCUCGAUGGAAAUCUUGGGGUCCAAGCUGACGAACACACGUCUGGUCAGGAUCCUCUUCUCUGUUAAGAUGAACCCUGGUGUCUCUUGAAUCAGGAUGCCGGAGGAUGGUCCCAUCUCUGCGAUCGGGUCGGUCCGUAGCUCUUGGCACAGGAGCAGUACGAUCCAGAAACACGUCACAUCCUUCUUGGACAUCUUUCGACAGUCACGGAUCAGGAACUCGUUUCAGACUUAUCUACUAAUGAUUCAAGGUUUGUUAAGCAUACAAACUUAUAACAGUGUGACAUCACUUGGCCUAGGACAACACAUUAUUACGAUUCAUCAACAUAUGUAUUCUGUCUAAUUCUAUUUUUAUAACUUCAUCCCUCACUACAUUUAUUACUGACUCUUCAGCAAUUUGCCUAUAGCAGUUAAACAACUAGUAACCUGCUUAGAAAAUGUAUUUAUUGGAUGGCAAGGAAAUGGUUAAUGACAUGAACGUACAUGAGAUCAUGGCACAUCACAACAAUUCACAUCAUACGAUACCACGUGAAUCAAGCAUUCAUCCAGGUUAGUCGUUCACCCUUCUGCGUCUGAAUCCACACCUAUAAUCCUUAAUUGAGAUUUAGGAUGACAAGCACGCAACUGGUUAAUGUGAACCCACUUUUCAAUAAAAUCACCAUCCUUAGGAAUUUUUAUCUUGUACGCUACUGGGGAAAUUUUGUCAAUGAUGACAUAUGGCCCUUUCCAAGAAGGUAAAAAUUUCUUUUCCUUGACUUGAUUUCGCGCAAAGUUAUACAGAUAGACUUGAUCUGUUAUCUCAUAUUCCUUUUUCGUGGUUUUUAGAUCGUAAUAGGUCUUAACCCCUGUCGCUGCUUUUUCUAGAUUCUUUUGGGCAAAAGCAAACGCAUGCUGUAAAUGCUUGCGCAAAUCUUCGAUAUACUGAUGCGUAGUGGCAGCAUUGAUCAAGUUAUGAUCCGAAGUACGAUAUAGUAAAUGCUGUGGUAAAACCAUCUUUCUUCCUGUCAUCAAUUCAAAAGGUGACAAUUUGGUAGCAGUGCUAGGUGUAGCUCUAAUCGCCAUUAAAACUAGGGGCAAUUUAAUGUCCCAGUCUUUACCAGACUCCUUAACAUAUUUCUUCAGAAUAUUAACGAUAGACUGGUUAUAUCGCUCUACCCCCCCGCUAGACGCAGCGCGGUAUGCAAUAUGUAGCUUUCGUUUAACACCUAGAAUGUUCCACAUCUUAGCCAUUACUUCGCUGGUAAAAUGACUACCUCUGUCUGACUCAAUUCUUUGAGGCAGACCGAACCUGGAAAAGACAUGGUUAAUCAACAAAGUGGCGCACACGGUACUCGUGUUCUCUUUACAAGGCAAACAUUCUAUCCACUUUGUGUACAUACAUGUAACGGUUAACAUGUAUUUGUUACCUCUUGAAGAUCUUGUUACAGGACCUAUAAAGUCAAUUUGAAUAUCAGACCAGGGUAAUGACACCCCCCUCUUCUGAAGUGGUGCACGAUGGGUUGGACCAUGGGGUUGAUAUUGCGGACAAAUCAAGCAUCCCUGACAGUAUGUCUUAACAUCCCUUAACAUGUGUGGCCAAUAUGCAUAAUCACGCAAUAUCUCAUAUGUGAUCUUAUCACCACGAUGCCCAGAUGUAGGUGCAUCAUGUGCGUGUUGGAGCAUUAACCCUCUGUAUACAGUUGGGACUACCCAUUGUUGUAUACCAUGUUUAGAAGUUCUGACCAGUAACCCAUCCAUGAUACUAAAUUGGACUUUAUAUCUCAUCAAGAUUCGUAAAUCUUCAUUAUCUUUGCAAUCCUCAUCUGUGAUGGGAUUGGCAGUAGGGUCUUCUAUAUGUCUAUAGAAUAUGCCUAUGACGGGAUCAUUCUUUUGACUAGUAAUCAGGUCCUCACUAGGAGCUUCUUGACUCCAUUGCACGACAUUUAAGUCGGCAUUAUCUCUAGCCUGUCGUCUAGUUAUGGCUUCAACAUGAAUUGAACCCAUAAGAUCAUCAAUGUUUAGGGUUUCACCAUUGAUGGCAGCUUGUUUUGCCAGUGAAUCGGCUAAGUCAUUACCAUCCUUGUCAAUACCUUCUAUUUUAGAAUGGCCUUUGGUUUUCUUCCAAUAUAUGGAUAAACCAUUUUCCUUAACCAGUUCAUCGAUUUUACAAAACAAUUUCCCAUGUUUAACAGGUUUGUUAUUGCUUUUCAGCAUUUGGUUACGUUUCCAGCUAGGCAGAUAUUCGACGAAACUGUUGCGAACAUAGUUGGAAUCAGUUAUAAUAACAAAUUCUUUGAUACCAUAUUCUAUUGCCAUUUGAAUGGUCUUAUAUACUGCACAGAGUUCGGCUAUCUGACUGCUUUUGGGACCAAUAUUGUAUCCUAUAGAUACAUUAGGAUAAUCACCUAUCCAGGCGAUUCCGAUACCUGCAACUAACUUCCGUUCAGCACCAGCGACGUGGUGAUAUGAACAACCAUCAAUGUAUACCCACGGUAGUGGUCGACAGUAUUCCUCGUCAUAAACUUUAUAAGGAGAUAGCAAUUGCUCUUCUAGGAAGUCAUCUCCGGUGUCAUUAUCAUCCAGAGAUGGAGCAGUACAGUCAUGUAAUUCUGCUAAACCUUGGGCAACUGGGCUUCUCUUAUUAUGUUUAUAACGGACUUCUAACGGCCAUCCCUGUAAGGAUAGAGUCCAUGCAGUAAUCCGACUGUUAGAGAGAUUACCGUCUCUAAUUCUUUCACUCUGCAGAUACUGUAGAGGUUGGUGAGCUGUUUCUACAAUUAUUUUCUCACCUUGGAUAUAGCUACGAAAAUUUUGUAGUGCCCAUACAGUCGACAAUAACGCCUUCUCACACGUGUUGAAUUUAACUUCAACAGGUGACAAAGUCUUGCUAGCAUAUGCAAUAACUUUGUUUAAACUAUCCUGCUUCUGAUACAGAACAGCACUGAUGCUUAAAUCGGUAUAUCCUGUCUCCAGAUAGAAAGGUUUACCCCCCUCUGGGUAUGCUAAACAGGGUGCCUGAGUGAGCUUCCUCCUCAGUUCACUUACCGCUUGGUCCUGAGGCUCCCCCCAGUUCCAGGUAGUUUCCUUUUUAAGCAGGUGUAAGAGUGGUUUAGUUAUUUCUGCAUAGUUAUCUAUAAACUUACGGGAGUAGUUAGUCAUACCAAGGAACGAUCUUAAUUCCCUGAUGUUUGAAGGUGUUUUAGCCUUUAGUACGGCUUCAACCUUCUUCCUCUGGGGAUUUAAUCCUUCAGAAGUUACCUCAUGUCCGAGGAAAUUGACAUGGGUGCGACACCAUUGUGCCUUUUGUAAAGACAGUUUAAUCCCUGCCUCUCUUAACUGAGUGAGAACAUGUCUAAUCUCUAAGAUAUGCUUAUCAAAGGAAGUGCUUUUCAGCAAGACAUCGUCGACAUAUGAUAACGUUCCUCUCUCGAGUGCGUCAGGCAUAGCUUUAUGCAUGAACACAGCGAAUUCAUGACCAGAGUUUAUAUAACCGAAAGGCAUACGGGUCCAGGUAUACUGCUGCUUUCCAAAUGUGAAGGCCAAUUUGUAUUGGUCUUCAUUAUGGACUGGUACAGUCCAAUAUCCCUGCGCACAGUCAAUGGCAGUGAAUAUUUUGGAUCCCUGCAUUUGUACCAAACAUUGGUCUAUGUAUGGCGUUGGCCAACCAGACAUAUAGACGCGUUUAUUUAGCUGUCGUAAGUCAGCGCAUAAACGCCAUUGUCCAUUAGGUUUCAGAAUCCCCAAGAUCGGAUUAUUAUACGAACUGUGCACUGGACGUAUAAUGCCCCUUUCCUUUAAAUUCUGAAUGAUGUCUUGUAGACCAUCAUAUGACGCUAAUGGGAGUCUAUAUUGUUUGAUAAAUACAGGUGGUAAAUUUGGAUCAGUUUGUAUUCUGGCUACGUGGAGGUUAGUUAACCCACAGUCGUAGGAAUCUUUGGCAAAAAUAUCUUGGAAUUCCAAAAGGAUUUCCUUUAGCUGUUGCCGCUCAGCAUCGUUGGAGCAACCGUCAGCUAAAGAUAUUUGCUCUUCUAGCCUUUCCUGAAAUCCUGGAAAGAUUUCAGGCUGGCCUAUCUCAUAAGCUUCUUCAAGCCUAGAAGUUAGGUCAGUUCGGUGUUGACUUACCUUUUCUCUUUGGUCGUGAUACUCUUGUGAUUCCUGCUCAUUGAGCGGAUGAUCGAAGGUGAUAGAUGCUUCUUCGAUUUUACACGAGCCUUCUUCAACAUUGAAGGGAUACACAGAUAGGAUAGUGAAUAAUCCUUCUGGGGAGGAAUGGAAUAUUUGAUCGACAAUUUCGUCCUCAGUUAAGUAUUCUUCAGGGAUGAGGCCUAUAAUUUGGUUCUGGAAACCAAAUGUAUAGUACUCAGCAUCCAAUGCUAGACCUAAUAAUAUUCCUUUUGGUAAAGUAACACUAUUGGGUGUAACAUUGUUAACCAUGAUAUAGGUGGGAUUCUUACCAAUACUUACCAUUGGUGUAUGUGUUACCACCAUCCCUAAUUGUUGUAUCCUGUUGGAUAAACAGAUUAGGGCAUCAGAGUUUUCUAAUCUCUGACCCUCCUUGACCUGUAGGGGUAAAAGAAAAUUACUUGUCCCCUGUGGAAUGGUUAUGUCAUCAGGAACUUGGAUACUUACCGCAUAUGGGAGUAUUUGUCCUGAUUUCAGGGCGUUUUCCUCGUGUAGGUAUCCACAAGGAUUACCUUUUAACCUUGUCCACAAGUUGGAAUUAAUCAGGUCAAGGUGUAUGGCAAAGCGAUGUAUGACAUCAUUGCCAACGUAAACCUGAUAGCGAGGUUCGUCUAUCACUAGGAAUAAAUGUUUAACUGUCUUAUUUCCGAUGGAAAUAGAUAGUAAACAUUUUGCUAUCACAUUGUGACUCUCUGAUUCGCCAUCCAGAUUCUGGAUCCACCUGUCAUGUGGGGAAGUGUACCUGAUCAUUUUAGGAUUAGCGAUCUGCCUUAACAGACUUCUGCUAAUAUAGCUGUUUUCACUCUUUAAGUCCAGCUUUGCAUUACUACUUCUUCCUAAGUCAUGUAUUUGCAUAGGAAAGAAUAAAUUGUUAUUAACCCUUUCAAUUCUGGCAAGGAAUUGAGCAUGACCUGCCAGAUCUACAGAUUCAACAUAGUCCCUGUGGAGAGAGAUGGUUAAAACAUCACCUUCCAGAGAGACAUUCUGGAUCCUCUCUGGAGCAAUUCUUACGGAAUGCUCAUCUACAGGUGCGAUUGCAUCAUUCACCUGUAGGAUAGUCACGUCAGGUGACUGACUAUUUCUAAAAUGUACCUCAAUUGAGUCAGGUCUUUCUUCUAUCACAUGGCAGUUACGAUCAGAUUGAACAUGUGAUUUCUCAUAGGUUAUGGGAACCUUAGCUUGUGACCAUACAAUUCCAUUCACACAGUCAAUAAUUGUGUUAAGUCUUCUGAGUAUGUCUAUACCCAGAAUCAGUCGGUCAUAGGGGAGAUCUACCACUAUCACCGGGUGUCUAAAGGUUUUGUUACCUAUUUUAAACUUUAACCAGGUAUUGCCAAUAACAUGAAGGGCAUUUCCUCCUACACUCAACAGAGCAUUGGGGAAAUCUCUUAGCUUCGGCUUAUCCGUUGCUAAGUCCAUUACCUGCUGGAAGUAGGUAUUGGAUAAGAUAGUGGCUUGUGAACCAGUAUCUAUUAACCCUUUAAAAGGCUGGGGUAGCGAAUCCUGUAUUUCUACAGACAUGUAGUACCUUCCUUCAUGUUCUUCUAAUUCACAUAAGAAUUUAGAAUGUGUCAACAUAUUACUUGUUUUCCAUACAUUACCGGUCACAGCAGUAGUUUCUACCUGUACUGAGGAAUGCUCAGUCUUACCCACAGGCCCAUCCUUUUUAGGAAAAUCUUGAACUGUCAAGCGGGAACUAGUGGUCGGCAUCUCAUCAGUUAACCCUUUCAGGUCUGGAUCCUGGAAACUAGUGGCUGCUGGGGCUAUCUUAGCCUUUGGCUGAAAUGAAGAAACAGAGGAACACGUUGCGCCUCCUUCACCCGGAAGUGAAGUGACUGUAUAGGCAAUAGAUUUUCUAACACAACUAUUGUUUGUUUGACUAUGAGUACCUGGAAAGGAAACAGGGUUAGGCAUUACAUCUACUGAUAACCUAGCCUGUUUAGUCACAGUGGCUAUUAUUGCUGCGGCACCUGUUGUUUUUGCUGCGGUUGCACAGGUAGUUCGGCAAUUGGAGCUAUCCCUAAAAAAGGAUUGAGAGCAAAGACUUGGUUAAUCUUUGUCAUUUCCUCCAUUAAUUUGCCCAUCUGGUCGGUCAAUUGACCAACCUGACGACGCAAAUUAUUUCCCCCAUUGCCGUUUUGUCUUUGCCCAUUAGAAUUUGGCUGGGAUGGCUGAGACUGUUGGGAGUUAUUGGAAGCAGAUUGGUUAUUUCUGUUUCCAUAUCUCCUAUUUCCCUGAGGAUUCCUUCUCCAUUGGGAAUUGCCUUGGUUCUUAUUAACCCAGGAGCGUUUAUUCCCAUUGGCUUUGGAUCUUUCAGAGUUACUAGAGGAGUUUGCAGAAUUGCUUCUAGCGUUUUCCUGUUUCUGAGGUUUUGGAGAUUUCAAAACCUCGGAAUAGGUCCUCUUUUUCUGUUGGGUUUCUAAACCUAACUGAAUUUUAGUCUCUGACACCAUUUUAUCACCAGGUUUCUUAAACUUUAGCUGAUUUUCGUCAUGUGCAUGGUGUAUAGUAUACAACUUCAUACACUGACUGACUAGCCAUUCUAAUGGUAACUUACAAUCGUAAUCUCUUGCGAGAUUCAUUUGUAUGUUUACUGGCAUGGCAUGAAAAUACAGAUCUUUGAAGUCUGUGCUUUCAUACCUGGGUUUUCUUUGGGCCACGGAGUAUGCAUUUUUAAGAAUUAUUAAAAAUUCUCUGGGGCUUUGAUCUGGACGGCACUUUAAGUUAUAAAGCGCCUUCUUUGCAGAGGCAAUGGUUUUAUACUUACCAUAUUCCAUGAUUAUUUCAUAUUUCAUCUUGGACCAGGACAUUAACUGUAUAGCUUGAAGACUUUCUAGAUAAACACGGCACAUUGAAUCAAAGGUCCAUGUAAUGAACCAUUUCUUGUGAAUGUCAUCAUACAUACCCAAUGAAUUCAUUGCUCUAUCAUAAUUUUCCAGAUGUUCAGAUAUGUUUCCUGAACCUCUAGAAAAUUGUGGGACAGUCUCUCUAAGGAAUUUGAUGACCUUUGGUGUUUCAUAAACAGGCGUCGUUGAUUUACGACCUCUGUUUCUGUGUUUGGGUAAACGUCUAUGCGAUCUGUCUGCUGAAGAGGAAUUAGACCCGUACAACAGUGCAGAUGGCAUAUCAGUUACAUGGCCUUCAGAGUGGACAGUGCAAUCACUUUCACUCCCAUCACUCUGAGCUUCUUGUUCACUGUCACAACUCUGAUCUGCAUCAGAAUUCUGCCAGUGUACAGAACCAUGUCUGUUUUCAUUCCUAUCACCUUGAAUCUGAUUCUUUCUGUCAAGCUUGGCCAGGACAGUCUUUUCAAACUGUUCUGCCCAAGAUUGCCAAGAACCUACAGGUGUUUUCUCAGAAUUACUCACCUCUUUUCUUAGAGAUUGUUUUAUGAAAACCUGGUCUGGUGUGUGAAUAUCAGGGAAUUGAGAAGAAUCACUUGGGUCUUUUCCCAGUAAUUCUUCACUUCCCUUUUGAUAUUCAUCUAGCUGCAUCUGUAUCUGUUUUAUCUGUUGAUCAUAAUCAUCCACCAUUUUGCUCAUUCUUUCCAGUUUAUUAAAAAGGUCAGAGUUUAGAGCCCGAAGGAGAUUAUUUUCAUCAGACAAAGUUUUGAACCUUCCUUGUUCGAGCACCAGGUCUUUCUGACACUCGUCCAAUUUACGUUCUAUCUCAUUAUGCUUUUUUAACAUAAUAGAAUAACCCAAUAUGAAAAACGGGCAUGAUUUGGUAACAGAUCGCAUUGUAGACUCUUCAUCUAUUUGGCUAAGAUAUUUAACCAUAGGUGAAUCAGCCGAUCUAUCGUGAAUUGAAUCAUCAACCUGUUUUUUUAUUUGGAGUAUCCAUUCUGGAUAAUCAACUUUAAUAUUUAGAUACUGAUAUAUGAUGCUUAAGGGAAAACCUUGCAUUUCCGCUAACUUCUUCCCAUUCUCUGAUUGAGAUGAAGCGCUAGAUUCAGCCAUAUUUCUAUACAGUGAUUUAAUCUCAAUACAAAACUCUUUUCUAUAUCAAGAUUAAAUUGCAUGAAUUACACCAAUAUUAUUAUUAUAUAUGAAAUACAAUUUCAACUUAAACGAUCUCAGCAGUGCCUCCAAUAUGUGGGGAUAUUUAUGGGAUAAUAAUAGUAACAGUUGAGAAUUGCCCACUAAUUCAAUUCUCAGAUCCCAAAGAACGUUUAUCGUGUUAAGUGGAAAGUAUUUCAUAUAAAUAAUCACAAUGUAUAAAAAUAGAUUUUUAUUUAUAUGACAAAUUAAUAAUAAUAAUAAUAUUAUAUGUAACAUGCAUAACAAUAAUCAAUGAAUAUUCAGUAUAAAACGAUAUGCAAUACAAAGAAAUGGGUAUUACGUUUCAAUGGCUAAACGGCAUUUUCUGUCAAGACUUCUACGAUUUAUGACUAGCUUUCACAGACUGAAAGUGAAACUUUUCACAGGGAAGAACAGAAUUCCUCAGAGUGCAGCGUAAGGUCGUAAAGUUUAGCAGACAGUUAGAAUAACCCUUUCAAUGCUGGCUAGAUCUCCUAGGUAGUUAAGAUCUAUUCUUAUGUAAUUUUUUAAUAAAAUAACAUUUAAACCAGUUCACUAGUCAUUUUCUUAAACCAUCCAAUAAGAGAGUCUAACAUUAUAUAAGCAGAUUUUUAAUUUGUCUAAAAGAUAUCUAUCUUAAUUUAGAGCAAAUCAAUACACCUGGAUAACAACAGCGGUAUGCUAACACGUGAUAAUAUCACAUCAAUAUAUAAUUAUUCUUAAUUCCACCUGCAGAAUGGAAUGUUUAUAACUAUAUAUUCUUAGUUAACUAAGAUUUCUUAAUAUGGAAAUCUGACCGUGCUUUAUCCAGUCAUAUAUAAUGCUAUUAAUACAUUUUAAUUAAUUUAAUUUAAUUAAAUGAAACCAGUAUAAUUACCAGUUGAGUAGAUAUUUCAUCCGAUUGGUAGUCUCUCUGCAUGGAGGUGUUGGUUAGAAAGUCAGUAAAUUCUAAGUGUUAGAGUUUUAGGAGUAGAGUGUUAGUCUCAGAUGUUGUCCGAGUUGGAGUCCCCAAACUUCCAAUUCCUCUCUCCUCUCCUUUGCAUAUCUUGCAUCUGCCUCCUCUCUCGUUUUUUUGUAUCCCCUAUCUUCCCUUUGUCCUAACUUUUAAAGGGCCAGACUCUCUGUACGUCAUCAGUUGAUAACCCAAUAGAAGCACUAGAGGUGUGGUUAUCUUCCAGAUCGCAAAUUAUUUAUUUGGUCUGUAGAGGGCAGUCUUGUCCCACUAAACAUACCUAUCCAGGAAAGAGUUAACUUUUCCUGGUGGCUAUUUUGACGUCAUUUUGCGUUAUCUUUAUAGCGCCAUAAUUCAAAAUUUCAAAAGGAUUUCUUAAAUUUUGUCCAGACUUAGCGUCUGCAAUUCCUGCCAUAAUUUCUGAUAUGACAGAUCAUGAACUAAGUUUACCCUUUUCCAUACAAUGGUACCUUAUAUAUAUAUAGACAGUUAAAUAUUAUUAUUUAAUCUUCUCUGUCACAAUUGUCUGGGUUUAGAUUUGAUUAUAUUCUUCUUAUCACUUGUUUAUACUAUGCUAUGCAUUCCUUAGCUCUGGCAAAGAGGCCAGUCUUACAGAAAGAAAUCCUGUGUCUCUUUGUUUUUGAAAAUAACAAAAUGGAGUCUGAUCUGUUCAGAGUGACUCAGAAUAUACACUUUUAGUUUCUAUCAUAGCACAAAAUGUCUGCCGAUAUAAAUACCCUGACAAUACUGUCCCAGUUUCGCAUACACAAACUCUCACACAUGCUCACAGAGAAACACAUUCCCAUACAUGCACAUUCUCAGGAGGAAAGAUAUAUUAUAUAUAUUUUGUAUGCAUCCCACAGACAUCCCACAGACACACAAAUGCAUUGCCAUACAAACACAUAUACCCACUGACAUAUGCACAGAUAUGUCCUAGAUAUAGCCAUGCAUCCCACAGAUACACACAUGCAUUGCCAUAUAUAUGCAUAUACACAUUGAUAUAUACACAGAUAUGCACUGCCACGCACACACGGAUGUACUACUCAUUUACACACACAAUGCAGAUACACUUACCUCAGGUGCACACACUCACUCCAGAGACCAACACCCAGAUACAUACCCAAUGUUACCUACAUGCACUUAUUUCCUAACACAUGCACACUGCCAGUGACAUACAAACACACACACACACUUGGAAUAUUUACAUACAUAUGCUUCAGCGGUUGGCUCCUAAGGGUCCAGUAGCAAUUGGGUGGCUUGUGUACGUUUCCAACUCCUUUUAUUUGUCAUCUGUGGUUUCUUGUAUGCUAGUAAGAAGUACUCUGAUGUCACAUCCCUUAAGCUUUGCCGCAGAGGAAAGGGUUGGCUGUCAGUGACCCCAAGUAAGGGGCCAGCUCUACAGGAUAUCUUUAAUGCUGUUCAGUGGGGGUGGUAUCUCUGAACUAGACCUUGUACCCCAGCUUGAACGAGCCCCUUAUUGGAGUAAUGCCUAUACCUGGUCAGCAGCAGUAAUUUAAAAAGCAUCAGCCUUUUUCUUUUUUGCUUGUAAAUUCAGUUCUGAUAUACCUUUUUUUUUUCUAUUUUUAAUGCUUGUACCCCCAUGAUGUCAACCCUGGCUGUGUAUAUUGCAUACAUUACUAGAUUUGGCAUAUACAUGUGAUGCACAGCAGUACAUUUCAGAAUUCACAGCUGUUAACCGCAGAUUCAAAACUGCCGCAAAAACAUUUGCGUGUGCAUGCAUAUAGAUUAUUAGUACACUGAGAUACUAAGUAAAUAGUUGACUGUCUUGUUGACUGUCUUCACAUCUCAUAAAUACACAGGGUUAUUCAUUAAACUUAAAUGAGCACUUUAAUGUUAAGUAUAUAAAGAUGUAUUCCUAAUACUAAAGUGUCCCUCCCAGUCCCACCUCUCUUAAAAAAAAAAAAAACUUAUCUUAUUCCAUCGCCGAGGUCCCUUAGCUCUGGGUCGCACUCUGCCUCCUCUGACAUCAGCUGACAGGGGGACCUAAGCUGUCAAAAUAACUUUGAGCCACUUGGAGUAAACAAAUCACUGUAUAACCAUAAAAACCUGAUAAUCCUAAAAUAAUAGAUUCUGUUCACAUUUUGUAUCCCCUGAGGAGGCAUUUUAAAUGUUUUAUUUAUCAAUAAUAAAUCCAUUAGGACUGAUAUAAGGGGAUGCACACCUUCCUCGUUGAUCAACCGUCACAGAGUUUUAUCUGCUUGGCUUUUUUCUACAAGUUAGAAUGAAAAUGAGCAUGUUUCUAAAUUGUCAAAUCUCCUAAAUUUGUGCAUUUAGGCGGUGAGAUGUGUAACAGUGCUAUCUAAUCUUUUCUAGAACUGUAUAUAUUUAUUCUUGUUAUUGCUAAUGCUAUAUAAAAAGCACCAACAUAUUCUGCAGCUAUGUACAAUAGUUGGACUAAUAAACAAAUUGUUGCAACAAAAUAAGUUAGAUGCACAGAGAUAAUGUAGUUAGGGCCUUGCUCAAAUGAGCCUGUUCCAGCAUACUAGAUGUGAUUAAAAAAUGCCAAAGGACGUUCCAGACUGGAUGUAGCUAAAGAGAAGAGCCUUAGAGACCAAGUGGACUGCUUUACCAGUCUUAAGGAACCAUAUGUAUAAAAGUCAUGCAACAUGUUAUUUAAUCCCUAUUUGUUACAGUGUGGCCUUGAAAUGUCCUGCAAACUUUAUAUUGUCUUUAUCUUUGCAGUACCAACUAUUUUGAAAGAGGCUAUUCCAGCUACCACUAAGCACAUUGAAUCUGAGCUUGAGGCAUCUAAGGAGAAGAUAUUCCAGUACACAGCGAUUAUAGAAGAUAUAAGUUCUAACCAAAUGAAAAACAAGCUUCUAAAUCUGAACCAAUUAAAAGAAGCUCUGUUUAAUGUACGGCAACAUGAGGCUUUCUUAAAUAUUAUUCUGGUAAGAGACACUAUGGUGGUGUUUUUAUUCACCUUAAUCAUUUUGCCAUACUCAGCGCUAUUUAGCGUGAGGCUGGCAAGGCAUUUGCCUUGGGUGGCGGCAAAAAUAGCCGCCCCCAAACGCCCUGGGAAAUGCCUUGCCAGCCUCUUGUCCAGGGGGGCCAGAGAGCUGGCCCACUGGCCACCUCUGGGCCCCACCGAGGCUAGCAUGCACUGAUGUAGAAGGCGGGUGGCGAGGGAGCGCUCUCCCCUGAGUUUUUCCUACUAAGCUGCUUUGCGCGCACCACAGUGAUGCCGGAGCCAGAAUAUGACGUCACUCCGACUCCAGCAUUACUGAGAGGCGCGCGAUGGGGCUGAGCAGGAGGAUCAGAGCUCCCUCGCUGCCCACCUCCACUGCUCACUGUGUGGCCAACAGCCCACCCACUGACCUACAGCCAGCCCCACUGGACCACCGGGAAAAAGCCACCAAAAUGUAAGCAAAAAAAAUACAAAAUUGUAAGUGUGUUAGUGAGAGUGUAAUGUGUGUGUCUGUUAGUGAGGGUGUUUGUGUGUGUUUGUUAGUGAGUGUGUUCGUGUGUGUGUCUGUUAGUGAGUGUUAGUGUGUCUGUUACUGAGAGUGUGUGUGUGUGUAUCUGUUAGUGAGUGUUAGUGUGUGUCUGUUAAUGAGUGUUAGUGUGUGUCUGUCAUUGAGAGUGUAUAUAGUGAGUAUAUGUAUGUCCCAGUGUGUGUUACACUGUGUGAGUGUGCGUCUGUCAGUGAGUAUGCAUGCGUGUCUUUCAGUGAGUGUGUACGUGUCUGCCAGUUAAUGUAUAUGUGUGUCUGUCGGUGAAUGUGAGUGUGUGUGUGUGUAACUGUGAAUUAGUGAGUUUGUUUGUACUUUCAAGGAAAGUGUGUGUUGUUUAAACAGUGUGUGUGAGACAAUGACUGUGUAUCUGUGAGUGAGUGUAUGUCAGUGCAUGCAUCAGUGAGGGCAUGUGUCUGUCAGGAAGAAAAAUUGUGAAGGGGGGAGGGAUGGUACCUGAGAUUUGUCAUGCCUACGGCAGCACAAAACCAGAAUACACCACUGACCAUGCUGUGUGUUAUUAAUACAUUUAUUUGAGAAACAAAGAGUCAGUCAGGUUAAAUUAUAACACUCCUAUAAUUUAAAGUCUUUGUUAUUGCAAAAAGAUCAAGGGGACUGGUCUCAGACUAGAGGAUUAGAGCUGAAACAUCUACAGGGAUUUUAGUAAAUAACCAUAAACUGCCCAGUAGCAGUAACCAUGAUCUCUGUUCAUUGUUCCCCCAGUAUUAACCCCCUACAUGCCCAAUUGGCCUGCUAGAUACACAGCCAUAUUAUGUUUCAGUGAUAACAAGGUUCCAUAGUCAUUGGGAAGGAGGCUGGUCUCCAAGCUCCUCCACAAGCUAUAUAGUCUCUGUUUACCUGGCAUUAGGUGACAUGGGAGAGCAGUUCCAUGGGGAAGCCAUUCAAAGGUGGGGAAGCUUCCAUUGCAGUCAUGUUUUUACAUACAGGAAAAAGCCAAUAAAUUGGAAAAUAUUUUUAUAUUAUAUAUAUUUUGUGUUAUAAUACAUAAUUGUCCACUGUUAAACCAUUUUUAAUGUGUUAGUGCUAAACUAGAGUCCACAUAAGCCAAUCUCUCUGUGCUGCUUGGACUAAUGGGGCAGCAAAACCCUGGGCAGCAGUUAUUUGCGGUGAUUGGCUGAGAGUCUCUCCUGACUGUCAAGGGGGUUGUGGGGGGGGCCUACAGCCAAUUCAAUUAGAUAAAAUGGUUAUAGUGCCUAUAGUGUCCCUUUAAGAGGUCACAAAUGUGGUCCUUAAGGGGUGACUGUGCAUAUCCUACCUUUAGCGUGUUUACUUGCAGUCCUCCUGGCCAUUCUGUAUUAUCUCUCUAGCUAAUUGCUUGCCUAUCAUCCAAUUAGUAAUCACAGAUUGGGGUGAAGGAAGGCCACUCGUCUGGUUCCCCUCACCUUGAUUAAUACAAAUGAUGGUAACCCUGAAUAAAAACAAUCUUGUAACGUCACAUGAAGCACAGCAACUGUGUAUGUAGUCUCUUGUGCACACCUCUCUUUUCUGUUAUAUUAAACAUUAAUAUGGAAGCCAACACAGUUAUUUUCACAGCUUGCAGUAAUGAGCACAGAGUUUAGUGUCCCCUCAAUAGGCUCAUACACAGGUAAAAGCCUUGACUCUGUAGGGUUCACCCUGGUUCACGUUUGGAUGAAAUAAAGCAGUCACAUUGGUAUCUGAGCUUGCAGAACUACCUGCUUUUAUUGCUAUGCUGAAAGAAUAAGGUCAAACUUUUAUUGUGAAAUAACUUUAGAAAGGCUGAACUUUAUGGACAUGUCUCUUUUCAGUCUAUGUAAGUAUGUAAGUUUCCAUAUCUGCACUAGCAAUUUAUCUAGCAUACAAUGUUGGGCAUGACACUUUAAAAAUAAAAAUGUUUUCGUUUCCCGAGUGAAUUGAAUCAUUCGAAAACGUACAAUGAAUGCUCAUCUAAUUUCUUUUAGUUGGGGAUGUUUGCAGAAAACAAGAGAAUAUUGGUGCUGGAGUAAAUGGCAUGAAAGAGCUCUGAAAUGACCAACUCCCAGCAAGGAUUUCACAUUAAUCAAAUAUACCCUAUUUGUUCAGUGCUGCCUUUGUUCAAUAUCACAUAUGUAUUCACUAUGUGACAAAUGAGAAAUAUUGUAAAUAUUACAUUACUUUGUAAAAAAUGUAAAUGUUUAUUUUUUAGUCAGAUGUUGUCUCGUGUGCACAGCAUGUGGAAAUGAUGGACAAACAAUACGGAGCACAAAUGGAACAAUUAAGAACCACUGUUCACUCAAAGACGGCAAUUCCCACAGUACAGGUUUAUGUAAGUAUUAAUGCGUAAGAGUACUUGUUAGUUUGUGGCACAAAAAAGUAAAAAAAAAAAAUGAUAUAUAUAUAUGAUUCUGGAAAAUGCACGAUGUUAAACCAGCAUUAAAUUCAAUAUUUCUUGGCCUUAACCUGUCCUGAUCACAGGUAAUUACCCUCCUCAAAGACCAGUAACUCCUAGCAACUCAGGACAUGAUUUAAGGAAUCCUAAUCCAAGUCCUAGAGCUAAUUAAAAAUGUCAUAUAUCUAAAAAGAUAAUGGUUUUAUAGUUUAUUAUGACAUCUCCUGAGCCUACUAUGGCAUUAUUUUCCAAUACUGUACCAGUUGUUUACUAAAACUUAAAUAGCAAAUAACAAAAAGAGUCAAGUGCCAAAUUACCCUCUGAUACACUUAGAAUGUAUUGAUCAGCUAUGUAUGUUCCAUAGGCUGAGAUACUGUGACCUAUGUAACACAAUGUCCGACUAACAACAUACCAUAAAAGGGACAUUUCUGUGCAUUCUUCAUGGACAAUCAAUCAAUAAUAUCAUGUCAAGGUUUCAAAAUAAACGUUUCUCUUCUAACUAUUGCAUCUCUGUUUCUUGUACAGCCACUCUUUAUCACGCUGUCUAAUCUGUGGAACAGUUUUCAGGAUGAGAUUGUACUGUUAAGUGUCCUAAGUAACAUGACUGCAAACCUGCAGCCAUUCCUGAAGAUCCACGAGGAGCUGUUUCCUGCUAGCGUUAUUGAACCACUGCUCAGUGAAGUUACUAUCAAAACUGAUGAGGAAAGGAUUAAGGAAAGCACAGGUGAGAAUUGUUUUAUGGCAGACUUGGACAAAAAGUAUAAACUAUGAGAGACCCAAUACAAUAUUUUGGAGAUCAGGAUUAGGUUGAAGCAUAGCUUGAGGUGGGUAUAUAUACUAAUGAACACAAUAAAAAAUGAGAUUGCAGGAGAUUUUUGCAUCAUAACCUAUGCUAGCACAGUAGGUUGUCAUGAUGUUCAAAGAGUUUUUUUUUAAAAUCAUCAUAUACCGUAAUCAUACCGGUAUUUAUACACUUAGAACACGCAUUACAAUGGUAUUCUGUUAUAAUCUGGACAUUAAUCGGUCCACUUGUUAUUGUCAAUUACAAUGUACACUAUAUGGACAAAAGUAUUGGGACACAUCUUCUAAUUAUUGCAUUCAUGGUGUUCCAAUCAGACCCAUGGCCACAGGUGUAUACAUACAAUCAAGCACCUAGCCAUUCAGUCUGCAUUUACAAACAUUCGUAACAAAAUGGGUUGUCCUGAAGAGCUCAGUGAAUCCAAGCGUGGUACAGUGAUAGGCUGCUAUCUUUGCAAUAAGUCAGUUUGUGAAAUUUCAUCCCUGCUGGAUAUUCCACAGUUAACUGUAAGUGGUAUUAUUUAGGAACAGCAGCAACUCAGUCAUGAAGGAAAAGACCACAUAAAGCAAACAUAUCAAACUUGCGGCCUGCAAAAAAGGAAGCCUGGCUAAAGAAUAGAUUAUGUUGAAGAAAGUUGCAAAAUGUCACUUACUUUUUUAGCAAAACUAAUAAGAUCUGAAUGUAGAGAAAAAUACAGCAUAAAUAUGAGGUCAAAUGUUGUUAAUGAGAGGUAGGAUGACACCAUAGUAUUAGGAAUACAUGUUUUCCUUUAAGUUACAGAGCAGAAUGACAGAGCGCUCUGCUGAUUCCUUAGCUGAAGAGUUCCAAACUUCCACUGCCAUUAAUCUCAGCACACAAACUGUGAGACAGGAGCUUCACAGGAGCUUCAUGGAAUUGGUUUCCAUGGCUGAACAGUUGCAUGCAAGCCUGAAAUCACCAAGUAAAAUGCCAAGCGUUGAAUUGAGUGAUGUAAAGCACACCACCACUGGUCUCUAGAGCAGUGUAAAUAUGUUCUGUGGAGUGACGAAUCACACUUCUAUGUUUGGCAGUCAGAUGGGUGAGUCUCAGUUUGCCUACCUGACUGCAUUGUGCCAACUGUAAAGUUUGGUGGAGGAGGGAUAAUGAUAUGGUGCUUUUUUCAAGGGUUGGGCUAGGCCCCUUACUUCCAGUGAAGGGAUAUCUUAAUGCUUAAGCAUGCCAAGACAUUUUGGACAAUGCUAUGCUUCCAACUUUGUGGGAACAGUUUGGGGAAGGCAUUUUUCUAUUUCAGCAUAACUGUGCCCCAGUGCACAAAGCAAGGUCCGUAAAGACAUGGUUGGAUGAGUUUAGCAUGAAAGAACUUGGCUGGCUGCACAGAGCACCUUUGGGAUGAAUUGGAACAGAGAUAGCGAGCCAGGCCUUCUCGCUUAACAUUGCAAAUGCUCUACCUGGUGAAUGGGCAAAAAUUCCCACAGAAAUAUUGCAAACUCUUGUGGAAAGCCUUCCCAGAACAGUGGAAGCUAUUAUAGCUGCAAAGGAGGGACCAACUACAUUGUAAUGUCUAUCUAUUUAGAAUGCAAUGUCAUGUUGAUGUAAUAGUCAGGUGUCCAUAUAGUGUGUUUAUAAUAUUAUAUUGUUACCUUUUCUACAUUGAGAGAAUGAAAAUCCAUGUAUUUCAUUGUUGUACUCAGCGUAAUUAUUCCAGUCCAUUUUGUCAGUAUCCACACAUGCACCUGUAAGUUAUGCUAUCUGAAUUUCCUUUCAUUAUAUAAUACAAGUAUACUAACCUGACACUCAACUCCUAGCCAAAAUGUGAGGAAUUUCCUUAGUAGUAUGAAAUAUGCAAACUUGAUCUUUUUUAUUUUGUGUUUUGAUGUAACAAUAUAACUUUUUGAGAAGUGCUGCAUAAGUAGUCCCAAGCACUUUGUCCUGCUCCUUAUUCUUCUGAGUAAAACAUUGAUAUUUUAAAAUACAUAAUUGUUAAAAUUGAAGGCUUGCUUUAUCUUAUUUACAAUUUUUCUUUAGGAUCCCGUGUAAAUACCAGUGAUUUUUCAACACUCGACUGGUAUUUCCCAGAACAGACAGCAAAUUUUGAUCGACUUCCUAUUCAGUAUCAUGGAUUCUGUGGCUUUACUGUUGCUUCAAAGGAAGGCCUCCUGUUACCUGGUAUGUGGCCAGUAUUCAAAGAAAUGUGUAGAUUGAGUGUUUGAUGCAGGACAUAUAAAUGUACAACAAGUGUAAGGAUGGAUUUUUUGUUUGAAGUUUUGUUUUCUUGUUUGUAUGUUAUAAAAUUGCUUAAAUAGAUGUGUUUGUUAGUGACAAGGCUCAGUCAGGGCCAUUUUUAAUAUUGAUUGGACCCUUAGGUAAGCAUUUUCUUGGGCCCCCUGUACUGUGCCCCCAUCCCCCCACUCACUGACAUGCAAUCACACUCUCUACCUCAACGCAGUGGCGGAGCUAAAGUAGAGAGUGCCCUGAUCAGGCCCGGACUGGCCAUCAGGCACUGGGCAAAUGCCCGGUGGGCUGCGGUGGCCAUGGGCCGAGGCCGGCAGGGGAGGUCACAGGAUCUCCCCUGCCUGUCUAUGCAGGGCUGGCACUAUCCGAGCACUGGCCCCGCUGUUUGCCAUGACAGGCCGGUGGGGAGAUCAAAGAUCUCCCUCACCGGCUCACUUGCAUAGACAUGUAGCUGGGGAGGGAGAGGAGGACCCGGCGGAGCUCUAUCGUGUAGCUCCGCCGGGUUCCUCUCGCGAGAUCCGGAGCGUUGCCAUGGCAACGCCCCGAUCUCGCAAGAGUGAACUUUAGCCCGAAGGCUAGAGUUCACUCACCACAAGGACCACCAGGGAUGAUGUGAGAGUGCCGGUUCCCCCCUCCCAGGUACCACCGUGCCGGUCCCCCCCCUCCCAGACUAAAGGUAAGAAGGGGGGAUAUAAUGCCUGCUUAUUUUUUUUAUUUUUUUUUUACCCCCCCCAAACACACAAUCCAUUUUAACAUUCAUCCACAGCACCCUCACACACAGCACUCUCACACACAGCACCCUCACACACAGCACACUCCGCACCCUCACACAAAUCACACACAGCACUCUCCCACACAGCACCCUCCCACACAUCACCCACACACACAAAUCACACAAAGCACCCCCACACACAGCACACACAGCACCCUCACAAAAAAGCACCCCUAAACACAUUACAUUCCAGACACACACUAGAUCCCUUACCCAACUCUGGAUCAUAUACACACACUAGAUCCUUAUAUACACUCUGAAUCCGUUAUAUACACACACUCACUAGAUCUCCUGCACAUUCUGGGUCCUUCACACACACACACUAGACUCCUGUAUACACACACACUGCACCACCUACACACACACUGCAUACCUAACAUACACACUCUGGAUCCCUUAUACACACACUAGAUUCCUUGUAAACAAACAUCCUUGUGGAUCUUUGUGGAUCUUAGGUAAUAUACUGGAAGUUGUAGCAAUAAUUAAACUUGAUAAGUGGCACAUAGAAUUUGAUUAUCCUUAUAUGCAGGUUGCAGCAAUAUUUAGAUUAUAUAGAAGUGAUACUUAAACUUCCUGUAACUGUAGUAGAAUUUGAAGGGAUCAGCAAGAUGUAGAAUGAUCCUGGUUUGGUUGAAGUUCAUUAAUACAGGAGUCCUUGCUGGUGUAACAGAUGCUGAAGAAAACUAGGUGAAUGAGGGCUGUUAGAAGUGACAGAGGUAGCUCAGCGUGGAGUCCGAGGUUGGAUCAAAAUAACUUAGCAAUUUGAGUUUGGUGCGGCUUCCCUAUAAGGCAUGUGAGUGGAGCGUCAUCGGAAUGGGAGGAGCUUACUUCCGAGCGCGGAAGUAACUUCGGGGGAGCAGAGUCACGGUAAUUAUAUGACAAGCGUGUUCCAGGUCCUGCCAAUCUCCAGCAACUUCGGACAGCCGUUGAAGAGGAGUGGACCAACGUUCCACAGGCCACAAUCAACAACCUGAUCAACUGUAUGCGAAGGAGAUGUGUUGCACUGCGGGAGGCUCAGAGGUGGGGGCCAGGGGGAAGGACAAUAGGUCCUCCCCCAAUUUGUAUUUAGGGCCCCCACCCGCCGCUCAGGGGUGGGGGCUAGGGGGGAGGACAUUAGGUCCCCCCAAUUUGUAUUUAGGGCCCCCACCCGCCGCUUAGGGGUGGGGGCCAGGGGGGAGGACAUUAGGUACUUAGGGCCCCCACCCACCGCUCACGGGUGGGGGCAAGGGGGGAGGAAUAGGUUCCCCCUCCUAUUCUUGUUUAGGGCCCCCACCCACCGCUCAGGGGUGGGGGCCAGGGGGUAGGAUAUUAGGUCCCCCCCUUAUUCUUGUUUAGGGCCCACACCCACCGCUCAGGGGUGGGGGCCAGGGAGGAGGACAAUAAGUCCCCCCCCCCCAAUUUGUAUUUAGGGCCCCCACCCGCCGCUCAGGGGUGGGGGCCAGGGGGGAGGACAUUAGGUCCCCCCCCCAAUUUGUAUUUAGGGCCCCCACCCGCCGCUUAGGGGUGGGGGCCAGGGGGGAGGACAUUAGGUACUUAGGGCCCCCACCCACCGCUCACGGGUGGGGGCAAGGGGGGAGGAAUAGGUUCCCCCUCCUAUUCUUGUUUAGGGCCCCCACCCACCGCUCAGGGGUGGGGGCCAGGGGGUAGGAUAUUAGGUCCCCCCCUUAUUCUUGUUUAGGGCCCACACCCACCGCUCAGGGGUGGGGGCCAGGGAGGAGGACAAUAAGUCCCCCCCCCCAAUUUGUAUUUAGGGCCCCCACCCGCCGCUCAGGGGUGGGGGCCAGGGGGGAGGACAUUAGGUCCCCCCCCAAUUUGUAUUUAGGGUCCCCACCCGCCGCUCAGGGGCGGGGGCCAGGGGAGGGGACAUUAGGCCCCCCCCCCUUAUUCUUGUUAAGGGCCCCCACCCACCGCUCUGGGGUGGGGGCCAGGGGGGAGGACAUUAGGUCCCCCACAAUUUUUAUUUAGGGCCCCACCCACCACAGGCUGCUCACUGUUUACUAGACAUGCCCCUACUCGCGGUAUAGCAAGUAGGGGCCCAAUUUACUAAUACUAAGUAAUUCUUACUUAGUAUUAGUAAAUCUGGCUGAAAGACCAAUUUAGGUCUUUCAGCCUUUUGUUAGAUAACUCCCUAAUACCGUGGGAAUUAGGGAAUUAUCUACCAAGCAGCUGCAAGAAAAGUCCCGAAAUGCCGGAGUUCCGAAGUCGCCGAAGUUCCGAAAUUCCAAAGUGUCUAAGAUCCGAAGUUCCGAAGAGUUGAAGUGCCGAAUUGACGAAGUCCCGAAUUGACGAAGUCCCGAAUUUCGAAAUGCACAUGCCUAGUCUCUCUAUAUCUGAAGUAUCCAAGAAAAAUCCACUGCUCCGAAACCUCUUUCAUGUUUAAUAAUGGAGUAGAGGAAGGAGACAUCUCCAGUGGCCAUAAUGUCUCCCUCCCUCCACCCACCUCAGGUCUGAAUAUAUUCAAAACCUGUGCUGCAUUUUUUAAAUACGUCAAAGGCAUGUAUUCAGAGAGGGCGGCAGUUAUUGAUUCUAAGCCUGAGAUGACCAGCCUUUUCUCCACAUCCUUAUGGAUCUUAGGUAAUAUACUGGAAUUCUUGUAUAAAUAACUGGCAAGUGGCAAAUAGUCAUAUUCAUUCUUAGUGGAGAUUCAUUGUGUUAAUACCCUAUCCAAGAAUUCCAGAAAUAUCUUCUUCAUAUGAGGUGUUGGGUCACCAACUAAUUUAGUAUAGGUGAGUCCAUCCUCUAAUUGUCUCAAAGUCUUUUUCACAUGAUAUCCCUUAUAUAAAAUCACUCUCUGCUUGCUUUGUUACGAUCUGUUUGUACCUUUUUAAUUUUUCAUCUAUUCAUAUUAAGUUUAUACCUAUUUAUUCUUUUAGUAUUACCUCUCCCAGCCUCAGAUAACAAGUUCCUCAAACACAGCCAUAGACUUUAACAAAAUUAACUCUGUACACAAACUCCCACUACUCCUGGGCGGCAGGCAGCAGCAUUGACUAUAGAACACAUCAGCCCCAAUACAUAAAAUCAAAUAAAUGAGUUAUUUGCACACUAUCCCAAAUCCCUAUGCACAUUUAAAUAACUGGACAUUUUUUAGUAUCACUCCAAUGGCCGUUAAGUGUAAGCUCACCUGCCACGUCAAGGCAAACCUCUUAGGUAAGUCCUACGCUAGUAACUUACCUUGCUUCUUUCAAGUUCAGGUAUCAAAAAAAUCUCUAAUGAAGAGAAGGGUAUUUUUCUAAACCCCUACAUACAUAUUAACCCAUAACAUGGAAUACAUGGAGUGGGCGGUCAGAUUGUAACAUGGCUGUGUAAUGGAGAAUCAAAUGCAAAUAUACAAAAAGAAAUGCUGCACUCAAACUCCAAUGACUCCUGGGCAGCAGCAAUGACUAUAGUACACAUCAGUCCCAAUACAUACUAUAAAAAAAACUAAGAAAAUAGUUAUUUGCACACUAUCUCCAAUUCCUAUGCACAUUUAAAUAACUGGAGGUUUUUAGUAUCACUCCAAUGGGCAUUUAAGUAAUAGUCAUAGUAAUAGUCAUUACAGCCAUAGAAUUAUUUGUGUAGGAAAAAAAGAUCUAUUUGUUUUUUUACAUUUCAUGUGAUACAUACAUAUUGCCUGUCUAUCCUCCCCUCUUGGUUAAUUUUCAUGUCCAUUUUGAGAAAAUGUUCUAAUAAAGUUUAGUAUAUCAAUAAAGGUAGAGAAGUGGUCCAAAUGCGCAGUGGAAACAUUUUUUUUUUUCAUCUUUAGCCAAAAUUGCUAUCUGGGUUCCAGUAAAAAAAAAAAAAAAAAUGUUUUAAAUAUCUUUCCUCUUUUUCCAAUUCUGUUAAAUCCUGCUCCCGCCACCCCUGGUUCUCUUCUUAUAAACAACAUUGUAUUCCUUACACUAUAUAGUCCUUUGGAAUAGUGGCCACUGGGCAUGACAUAUUGUGUUUUUAUAUUAUUUUUUUCAUGAGCUUGUCUAACACCAUAUUUGGCCAAGAGCAGUGCCUUUUAUUCAUUACUAUCGUAUACAUUAUUUGACCCUGGAAUUUGCAAUUUAGCCACUUCUGAGUUCUGCUAUUUUUAAAAAAAAUAAAUUUUUGAGAAUCCUCAAAAAAUUCUUAUUUUGAAUAAUUAAGUUAAUUUGUUUGCACAUGAAGUGUGCGCAUAUUUUGAUCCACUAGAUUAAAGCAGAAUUAUUAUUUUUUAAAGAAAAACUUCAAUUUAAUGGCUUAUGACAAUGCUUAUCUUAGCCUUUCUUGUCUAAUAUUUUUCUAAUAUGAGAAAAUAAGGGUUUGGCUGCACUCACCUACACUUGCUAAAUUAGGGUGCUGCUGGGGGCCAAUAAGUACAGUGAAAAUGAAAAUCCAGCGCACUCGCUUACCUACUAAACAGUCAUUUUAAUGCUGAACAAUUUUCAGUUUUAUUAAAAACACCUAAUCUAGGCAAAAAAAUAUAAUGGGGGUUUAGUUACAGAAUAUGAUCAUACACUGCAUAAGCCUGCCACAACGUCAAUGUACCCCAUCUUUGGCAGGUCCUACUCUGUCUGCUAAAUGAGCUUCUCACUUGGGGAAAUCCUUCCAUCUCGAGGUCUCUGCAGUACAAUGCUUAAAUAGGAUCCUGAGAUGAGGCACCUGUAACAGGGAGGGGUGCAAAACCUGUGGAGCUGGCUAGACUCCAAAAUAUAUACAUAUAUGAGAAAAUAGGGGUUUGGCUGCACUCACCUACACAUGCUAAAUUAGGGUGCUGCUGGGGGCCAAUAAGUACAGUGAAAAUGAAAAUCCAGCGCACUCGCUUAUCUACUAAACAGUCAUUUUAAUGCUGAACAAUUUUCAGUUUUAUUAAAAACACCUAAUCUAGGCAAAAAAAUAUAAUGGGGGUUUAGUUACAGUAUAUGAUCAUACACUGCAUAAGCCUGCCACAACGUCAAUGUACCCCAUCUUUGGCAGGUCCUACUCUGUCUGCUAAAUGAGCUUCUCACUUGGGGAAAUCCUUCCAUCUCGAGAUCUCUGCAGUACAAUGCUUAAAUAGGAUCCUGAGAUGAGGCACCUGUAACAGGGAGGGGUGCAAAACCCAUGGAGCUGGCUAGACUCCUAAAUAUAUACGUAUAUGAGAAAAUAAGGGUUUGGCUGCACUCACCUACACAUGCUAAAUUAGGGUGCUGCUGGGGGCCAAUAAGUACAGUGAAAAUGAAAAUCCAGCGCACUCGCUUAUCUACUAAACAGUCAUUUUAAUGCUGAACAAUUUUCAGUUUUAUUAAAAACACCUAAUCUAGGCAAAAAAAUAUAAUGGGGGUUUAGUUACAGUAUAUGAUCAUACACUGCAUAAGCCUGCCACAACGUCAACUAAUAUUUUUCUAACCCUUGUUAUAAGAUCAGAAUAUAAGAUACAUUUAAAUUAUCCUAAAUUCUCUCUGUGCGUUGUAUAUUUGUUUUUUGUUCUUUUGCUCAGGAAACCCAGACAUUGGUGCUUUAAAGCACCGGGAAAGAUACUAUAUUUUCUCCUCCAAGGAAGCUGCUUACACAUUUGCCCAGGACCCGGAUCACUAUAUCCAUCUAAUUGGGGAGAAAGCAAAGCAAUGUGCCGAACUCAUACAAUUAUUGGAGCUGCAUCAGCAAUUUGCAUCUAUUGCUCCUUAUUCCCAGGUAUUUUAUUAAAACCACUUAUACCUUAACAUGUCAUACACUGUUCUCCACACAAAGUAUAUAAACCUUGAAUUCACAAGGAAUAAAACAUUCCAUCUUAAAAACAAAAUUUCACAAGUGUUUUCAUUUCAAAUAGGCCAAUUCUCCUUCUACUACAGCAGGGAUAGGCAACCUUCGGCCCUGCAGUUGUUUGGACUACACCUCCCUUGAUGCUCUGCCAGCAUUAUGGCUGUAAGAGAAUUGUGGGAUAUGUAGUCCACAGCAUCUGGAGUGCCGAAGGUUGCCCACCCCUGUACUACUGCUUAAUGAACUGAUUCUGAGGCAAAGAGCUGUCCCAGAAGACUCAACACUGUAAACCAGGCUUACCCAAACUCCAGCCUUCCAGAUGUUGCUGAACUACAACUCCAUGAUUCUAUGAAUGAAAUAGAUAGGCUGAGAUUCAUGGGAGUUGUAGUUCAGCAAAAUAUGGAGGGUGGAGUUUGGGGAAGCCUGCUAAACACUACCUUUGCUUACAAAAGGACAUCAAGGAUGGUGUAGCGGUACAAGCCAUGAGGGUUGGCAAGGCUACAAUGCACUGAUCUAUCCUGUGGCCCUGACCCUCUAAUCUCACCUGACAAAAAGGUUACCUGUUGACCUAUACACACAUGUUCCAUGUGACCUGGGCUUUUUAUAGGUCCAGACCCUUGUCUCAGGUUUGUGUCAAAAUUGAGCAGGUGCACUGCAAAAAAAACAGAAUGGCAAGAAAAAUUCUAUAAAAAGACACAAAGCUAUGUGUUUAAUAGCUUCUAAAUAGAAUAAGUAUUUCUUGCAGUGACACAGAAUGAUGGUUGGAUUUAAGGCUUCUUAGUAGACUGAAGGACAUUUUGCAAUAGCAUUUAGUUGAGUUAUGCACUUUAGAUCCCCUGCUUAUGUUGUUCCAGAACUCACCUGUAAGGUCAUCCAUCUCCAUAGCACCGUAACUGACAACACAUCAUCACAAAAUAGUUGUUUUAGUGCAUUUCCAUUUGCUUUCUCAUUGACUGUGUUUGCCUAAUUGAUGUCUUCCAUUAGUUAGUUCCCUGCACUGUUUUAUUUGCCUUUCUCAAGAUACGCCUCUAUACUUUAAAAACUGUAACUAGAAAUGAAUACUUUACCUGAGCUGUUUUAUAUAACAGGAAAAAUAUAUAGACUCAGGUUUUAGCAAAGCUUACAUAAGAGAAGAGGAAAGAUAAAGUAGUUACAGACAGAUAUAAUAGAUACGUACGGGAUACAAUACUAUAGCUAUAAAAUGACAUCAGUGUAGCUCCAAAUGCUUACUAAAUGUAUUGUUGAAUUGAUAACUUUCAUAAGGGGUUAGGCAAGAAUAUGCUAAAUGCUUUCAUGCAUAGUCUCCUUGUAAUCUUUCAUAGGAUCACCAAUAAUAAUAAUAUUUCUUCCACGUGGACGUGUGUAACGGUGCUCACUACUUCAUAGAAAAGGAGUCGUCAGUCUAUUUUUAGUCAGGAUUUUAAUGUACUUGCCAACAUAAGCAAAACAUUAAAAAUCUGUUUUGUUUCAGAGCGACUGGUUGCAACUGCAACAUUUACAAUCCUGGUAGUCCCGCCACUACUGGGGGCAUGAAAUAUAUCAAACUCUCUUCAUGUGGUGCAUGUAGCUUCACAGUACCCUACUGGCUUCUUCUUGUUUAUAAUUUUGUCUGCAAACAUUGCUUUGUAUAAUUUGCUUUCAUAUAAGAUAGCUCAGUUGGUUAAUGCAGCCACUGUAUUGCCUAUUUAGACCUCGGGAUAUUGUAUUGCCAAAAGGGUUGCCUAGGCAUUUUAGCCUACAUUAAGAUACAUCAUUUCAUUACCAUUGGGCUGUGAAAAAACAUCUGUACCCAGGACACAUACCUGAAAUCUGUGGAAAUGCCACAUGUACUUCCUGGUUAAAAAAAGAAAGAGUAUUUUUUUUAAAUGAUACAAAUGGAAAUUUAAUGUACUGCAUAUUUUUUUUGGUUUACUUAAUAACACACAGCCAUCACAGUCCUGAAUAUAUUGUAUAUUGUAUUCUGAGAUUCCACACUUUCCAUAUGUGAUUCUUUUAAAUUUCUGUGUAAAGUCUUUCAGCAAAGAUGGAAUUCUACUCUUACUUGCUCGAUUUAGAAAUCUGGCUUUGGCAUUGCUGGGUAUACACAAAGUUACCAGGGACAUAAUGAUGCAUAUGGGUUUUAUUGCAAAAAUCUUAACAUUUGUCCUGCUUUGUAUUUUGUUUACCAUUAUUCAGCAUUAUUGUUUUUGACUAUUUGUAUAGGUAUUUUACAUUUUUUGAUAUCUAUGGGUUUUCCAGGCUAAUGUUUUUCUAUUUUGCACACAUUUAGUCAAUGUCUAGGUGCAUUGCUCUAAUACUGGAAUAAGCGUAAUCAACUGUGUUUCUUAUCAGGCCCCAGCUCCGGAAUAUCUUUUAAUAAAGCCAGUCACUAAAUGCAAUAGUAGCACACAGACUGAUACCCACUUACUGGAAACUAACAUUGUCAAGUCUUAUGAGUGGAAUGAAUGGGAGCUGCGGAGGAAAGCAAUCAAGCUGGUUAGUAUAAUAAGUCAUGUGAACAUAUGGCUUACAAAUUAUAAAAAAUAAAUAAACAAGAACCUCUAUCAAUGGAAAUAAUGUGUAUACAUCUGAGAGUCAAUUAUCCAAUUACGGGAAUAUCUUUUGCUGCUCCCAGAAUCGCUCCCAUAAAGUCCUUGUAGGUUAUUGCAUAGAUUUAAGUUCUCCAACUAGAGGCUGGAUUAACCCUUAAUAUAAACAUAGCAGUUUCUCUGAAACUGCUAUGUUUUCAGCUGCAGGGUUAAAACUAGAGGGACCUGGCACCCAGACCACUUCAUUGAGCUGAAGUGUUCUGGGUGCCUAUAGUGGUCCUUUAAGGGUAUUUUUAAAGUUUUUAUGUUGCCAUCAAACUGGCAAUCUCUGCAAUUUAUUGUAAUAAAAAAAAUUCAGAUUUUUAACACACCCAUAUAGCGAGGUUUAUUUUGAAAAUCUGCUGUGUGCUACUCUUAUACAAACCCCCAAAUUAUUUUCAGCUACAUCUUUUGAGGUUUUGAGGUAAAAAUAUGUCCAUUUUAUGCCUUUGUCACUAUCCUGUAAACCUACAGUACCAGUAGCAAACUACCGUCAGUGCGGCAGCACCGGGGCAUGCAUACUUUGAGGGCCAAUCAGGUAGGCCAUAGACUUAUGGACACUUGAUGGGUAUUGCUGGUUGCCCUUUAAAAGCACAGCUGGGCCCCUGUAGUAUCGGCAGCCUGGGAGGAAUUGAGAGCCGUUCUCUGCUCCACACCGCUUACAACUAAAUCUUGUGUGGGUUAACAAUAAUUCAAUUAUUGAGUUAUAUGAUGAUUAACUACUCUGUUUGUGUUGUUUUGUUCUUUUCUGCAGGCUAACCUGCGCCAAAAAGUAACUCACUCAAUGCAGACACAUUGCAGCCAUAUGAGAAGAGAGAACUUCACGCAGGUGUACUUACCAAAACAAGUUGAGACUCAAACCAAACGUGACAACUCAAGCAAUGUGCCCAAGCCACAGAUCUUUUUGGCAGGAAUCCGUGGUGGAGAGACAUCAAAACCUACUAACAUGGUUAAAGUUAACUUGACAAGGGCGGUUGAUGAAUCCUAA